AUGGCUUCUGUGUGCCGGAGCCCGGGGUUUAAUGUCCUAUUGCGGGCGGUGGGAACAUGCUCAUGGAAACCAGUAAUGGCAGCUGCAGUCUGCGGCGAGGUGAGCACGGCAGCCUGGCUUUACUUGUGUCGUGGCGGGCGGUGAUAAUCGGAGGGAUAACUGCAGGCUGAAAGGAAGGGAAAUACACAUUGACAUCUACUGCAGGUGACAGGUCACAUAGUCCUCACCCAACCAGAUACCUGCACUGUGGCUGUCUGUAUCUUAUCCCAUAAUAGAAUGCAUGGGAGUAAGUUAGGUGCACAAUAAUAUUAUUAAAGAUCUAACAAUUACAAACUCACUCCUGGGUGGAAUUUACAGGACAUUUUAAAUGCCCAAUGUAAAUGUAAUCUCAAGAUUACCUAUGUAUUGUAAUGUGUUUCUUUGGAGGUUAUUCUGUGCAAAUCCUCAGGCACCUGUAAGGGCCAUAGCAACAAGAAAGUGGCUGUAAAGUCUCAGCCAGUUCCUGGUCUGUGAUUGAAAGAAAUUAGAGAAGUGCUGCAUAUGUGGAUUCACACUCACAUCCAUGGCUUUUCUAUGGAAAUAAAUUGCAUAUGCUCUCACAUGCUUUGUGCUUCACAUUAAUGAAAAAUAGCCUACAGGUCAGUUAAGUAUGUACCUUGUUUCAGAUGGAAAAAGUAGAUAACUUGUUAUAAAGUUUUCAUUAGUUUUAAAGCAAAACUAGGCAAGCUGGUGCUUGCUCGAAUCAUAGAUUGCCCUUAUAUUCAUUUAAUGCCUUUGUUCUUGUAUUUAAUGGGUUACUUCAACCAUCAUUUUGGUGGUCGGGGUCAGGAUUUGCCUUGUUCAGAUUAAAACACUGGACAUCCAGAGUUAUUGGCAAUUGUGUGCCUGGUGCUAGUUACCACCAGGCACAUGUGACUUGGGCAGCCCAGCACUCUGCUGUUGGCUGCUUAAUGUCAAUUCUGUGCAUGGCAAUAGACGCCCACUGCUGCUCUCUUGCAGGACAAGCAGGAGAAACUUUUGCUUGCUGUUUGACUUCAUUAGCAGGAACUUUCGCUAGCUCAUUGACUAAAUACAAAUGUCACAAUCUCACAAGCAGUAAUGCCAUAUGCUAGUUCUCCAGAAAUUCAUUUAUAAAGAGCAACUCUUAACUGUACUCAGUCAAGUGUUAACAGUGAUGGUAACCACUCCACAAAUUAUGUCUUUAGAAAACAAGCUGUAAGUGAUAGAGGUAUGAGAAGAUUGAAAGUAUCAAUAAAGCAUUAGGCCAAGGCCUUAUUUUCAUCUUGGCCAUGUAUCAACAACUUAAUGUUCAGCAUAUUAGUUGACCCAUAGAUUUUAGGAGAUUUUUUUUAGGCUUAGCAUGACUGCUUAUAAACAGCAUAUAUGAUGAACUGAAAUGUGGUAAUUGUGAUAUGAUAGAAGUAGAUGGAGGUAACUCAAAUUGUGAAGUUUGAGUCAAAUGUUUUGUGUACAGACUCCAACAACUGUGUGCACUGUGCAGUGUUUCAAACUUAAACACUGCACAUUCAGACUCCAAGCACCAUGACCACUUCAAAUCAGUGAAGGGGUCCUGGUUCAUGGAGCAACCCUUUUAAGACCUUUGAUCUUUGAAAGGUCUUCAUGCUUAAAGUCAUGACACCAAAAUAGUCCAGUGCUUCUCAUAUAAAUGCAAAUAUACCCUGUUGUGAAGUAGUAUAUAAAGAAUCUUCAACUAUUUCAAGAUGCACAUUAAGGUUUCUUUUAAAACCCUGUAGAAAAGUGAGAGUAUUUGAGAUAUAAGACGUGUGAGAAAACAAUUCUCACAUACUGUAUAUGAUUUUGUAAUAAGUAGAGAUGUAUAUUUUUACAAAACAAGUAUAUAUAACAAAACUGAAAAUACUGAAAAUUCACCUAACUGGAAACAUGCAAUGUGGACAUGGUCAGAAUUGCCUAAUGAUUUUUAAACUCUCUAUUACUGUUAAUGUUAUAAAAGAUAAACAGUUGGUGAAUACAGCAACGGUCUCUUCCAGACAUUUUACUUAGUUUUCCAACACUAGAGAUGCACAAUGUUAAUCUGAACACAAUAACCACCUUAUCUUACUGAAGUGGUUAUGUUGCAUAGAUACUUUCUUUGCAGUCUUACUGCCUAAUUUGUAUUAGCACUUUUUUUCAUCUCUGGCUGUCAAUCCUAAAACUGCUUUCCGAUAAGAUGUAGCAAUUUCAUAUUCUCAUAUUUUAUUUUGAGCAUUUGCGAACUAUACAAUUGUGAAGGUAUACUAUCCCAAUCCAGCUGUUCUCUUUGAAGCAUUUCAUUGGAUAAUUUUGCAAGCAGGGUUUAACCCAGCACUAACUGGAAAGUAUUGUUUCUGAUAAAAAAAAAAAGAGGUGGAUCAUCAUUGGCUACUAAAGUCUGUUCUGCAGCUAAUUGCAGUUACAUUUGUAAGGUUUGGGGGUAGAGUUUAAAAAAACAAAAUUUUUUAUAGAUUAAUAUUUUUAUUGUUCAUGCUUUAACCAAAUGCAUUAAAAUAUGCAGUUUACCACUUGUCAGUCCCACCAGUCAACAGCAAAAAUAAUAAUAAAAAAAGCCGGAACAUCAACGUUCUAAUUAGGAGUUGGUUCCACCAGACUGUGGACUUGGUUCUGUUUCAACACAGUGGAAAAUUUAUUCAUACUUACCGUAAUUUUCUUUUCCUGUCUAUUAUUCAUGGCAGCAUAUACACAUGGGUUAGCUCCUCCCCUACAGCCAAUAGGACAGGAAAACCACCAAGGUUUUAAAAGGAGGCUCCAUCCCUAAGGUCCUCAGUCAGUUUACAAGCUCUACAGUACAUAAAUAGAGACAUUAAUGGGUGGGAAGUAUAUGCUGCCAUGAAUAAUAGCCAGGAAAAGAAAAUUACGGUAAGUAUGAAUAAAUUUUCCACUUUCCUGGCUAAUCAUGGCAGCAUAUACACAUGGGGAAUACCCAAGCUUACAAAGGGAGGGACAGAAUAGCCAAUCAAAUUAUCAGAAUAAUUCAACAUAGAUAGAAGAAUGAACUGAGUACCAAAUUGUGCAGCAUAGACUGUUUUAACGAACAGUAUGAAAUGCCAGACAAACGUGUCUAAAGAGGUUCAAAUGCUAGCUUACAAAAAGUCUCAGCAGAAACCAUUGCCAUGGCAACCCAUGAUGCUGCAACAGCAUGAGAGGAGAGUGCCCUGAUACCCUCCAGCACAGGUAGAGAACGGACGUGAAGUCCAAAUUGUGCCUCAUUAAUUGCUUCAAUGUCCAAUAUGUAAUGCAGGACAAACUAGUUCAAAGAGGUCCAAAUGCCAACUUUACAAAGCUUCAGCAGAGACCAUUGCCAUGGAAGCCCACAAGAUGCUGUAACAGCACUAGUGGAGAAUGCCCCAAAUCCUUUGCUACAGGUAGAGAACGGCAUUGAAAGGCUCUCACUUUAGGCACGAUCAGUUAAAUUGUUGCUUACAUGAAGCAAAGCACCAGGGGCAUCAAUGCUCAAUCGGUACCCUUCAGUACAGGUAGAGAAUGACAUAGAUAAGCAUUCAACAUAGGCAGGAUCUUCAGGUGCCAAGUGCAAGACGACCAUAUCUGUUGAAAAGUAGUGAAAGGGGGUUCACAGGAUCAAGCCUGGAGUUCACCCAUUUUCCUUGCUGGGGUACCAGCCACCAGCACUUUCUGUGCUACCACCAUGGAAGCUCCUUCUAGAGGUUCGAAUAAUGGUUGUCAGGGCCCGUGUGACCAUUGGUACGUCACUUAUUGGCUUCACCACACUUAGUGGAGGUAUGAUUUCAAUCAAUGCUUAUAUGAAGCAAAGUGCAGCUAAGUGUUCCUCUAGAGUGUUAUAACAUAGAACCUUUCAAGGCCUGAACGAGGAGUAAUUCCAACAGACAAAAGCAUGUCAAGCUUAGUAAAGCCUGUAUAGGAUUGUAAGAGGAUCUCAAUGACCGUCUCAGGGAUGCCUAUACUAAUAUGGACUCCCGCAUCAACACCAGAACUUGAGGAUCCUGGUGUGUCAUGGGGCCUUGUAAUAGGUCUGGACGUACAGGAAUUUCUCUUGGAGGUUCCAGAAUCAUCUUAUUCAUCAUAGGAAUUAGAGUCGACACGGUCUUCCACUGUCACCUUUUGCAUUGCCUUUUUAAGAAGGUUGAAAACAGGAAAUAUGUACAUCAGACUAAAAUUCUAAAUUUGAGCCAGUGUAUCCUGAACCUGAGCAUUCUGGUCCUAGCAUGUAAAAAAUACUUCUGGCCCUGGUAGUUCCAAGAAAUGGCCAUCAGAUCUAUGUAGGGUAUCAGACAAUCUGCGUCAACCACCAGGAUAUGUCAGGACAUGGUUGCCAAUCCACCUUGUCCACAGUUAUUCGGCUCCAGCAAACAGCCAUGGUAUUCUGAGCCACUGGUUGUUCUUCUGUGCCCUGAUCAUUAUGGGCUGGAAUUCCAUCAAUACGUAUCUGUGAGACCCAUCUUGGUAGAUAUAGGAUACAGUUGCAUUGAUAUUUGAGCAAAUUUGGACCCACUCGUUCUUCAGCAAGCCUCUGAAGUGAAGAAGAGCCUUGAAAAUGACUCUUAAUUCCAUACAAAUGAAUGGAAAUAUUGUGCAACAUGGUCCAAACACUGUGCAACCAAUCUUAUAAAAACUGGAAUUUGAGCUAAUAAUUGACCAAUGCGGUUCUGUUCACUGGAAACUCAGAUCUAAUCCCUCUUUCAGCUGCCAGGGUAAGGUGCAACUCCACUGAUGGGGACAUAGUAAGUGGCUGGCUCCAAUAAUCUCUCUUGUUAGACCAAGAUAGGAAGGAUCUGUAAGGAAUCCAGAGAUGCCAUUGAGCCCAUCUGACAAGUCUGCUGGUGGAAGCUAGGAUUCCUAGUAGUUGCCUCUAUUUUCUUGCUGUUACCAAGCAGAAAUGAAGAAACUGGGAGAGAAAACCUUUACAAUCUAUGGAACUGUUCCCAAGAUAGGGAAAAGCAGAGCCUACAAUUUUCCACUCAGGAAUGUCAACCACUGAGCUGGUCUGAAACUGCUUUUCUUGAUAUUCAUCAAGCAGCCAAACUUUAGGAGUUAUGAAAGAACUAUAUACCUAUGUGUGCCUGCUUUCUGAGGGUCUAAGGCUAUCAGAAGUAGAUCCUCCAGAUAAUGGAACCAGGUGGAGUUCUGGACUCUCAAUAACACUAUAUAAGCAGAUAGAAAGAUUCUUGGGGCCACAUUGAGGCCAAAUGGUAGGGCACUAACAUGGAAGUUCUCUUCUGAGCUAAUGCCGAAGAUCUCUGCAGAUUGGACUGAAAGUAAGCAUCCUUGAGAUAUAUAGAGGUAAGGAAAUUAUCCUUCCAGAUUGCUUGAGAUAUGGAUCUGAUUGACUCCAUCCCGAAGACUCUAACAUUCAGCCUCUUGUUGGCCCCUCUUAAGUCCAGUGUAGGCUUUCAUGUGCUUUUCCUCUUGGCACCAGAAGAGAGGCGAAACUUGUCCCUGGAACUGCUCUUGUUCUGGGACCUAAAAUUUUUUUACCUGUUCGUCUAGAAGGCUUCUUCCUUCAGUGCUUUACCUUUUGAUUCAUUGGUCUUAAUACUCCUGUUGGUAUGGAGACUCCUGUGCUCGUUAAGAAAAAACUCCAGUCUAUAUCAAUCUGGACCAUGGAUACCACUCAAGCCUCCAGAGUAUGACAAGCCCAGGUAUGUGUGAUCAGAAAAAUGAGGCUCCUAGUACUGGAGGAGAUAGGUUCAUUGCUGAAGAGCAAAACGACUGCGUUAUAGCUCCAUUAGAACCUUGAAAGGCAGGUUUACCAACUGCCAUGAGUUACCUCUGGAGUAUUCCCUGCAGGGCCAGUAGCACAAUGUAUCUCAGAAAUACUGGUCACUGGAGGUUCUCCGGUCAGACUAUGAGGAGCUGGGAUCCUUGCAACUUCCAUCCUAAGGUACCAAUAUCUUGCAGCCCUCAUUCGCCUUUUCAAUGGAAUUAUCAGAAGUUUUCCCAAACAGCACCACCCCUUCAAAUAGAAUGGUGUAGAGGGCAGACUUGGAGGAUGAGACAUCAUCCCAGAAACAGAACCAUAAUGCUUUCUUAGCUGCUAUAGAUAAAGCCAUUUGAUCCAGAGAAUAUCCUAGUUACAUCUAGGGAAGUUUCUGUGAAGAAGUCAGUUGUAACCUGAAGACUUCAGACUGCCUCUUCAAUCUUGGCUUUUAAUAUCUCUCUCCAUAGUAGCCUUUAGUUCUUUAAUCACAUAUUUCAUGUUUGUAGAAACAGCAGCGGAAAUCACAGCUGGCUGGCCUCCUGCAAUGGUAGGAAGGUCUGGGAGGGAGGGUCUGCUGCUGAUUGGCUGGAAUGUGUCUGCUGACUGUGAGGUACAGGGUUAAAAUUUACUCAAUGAUGAGUCCGCGGCAAACCAUUCUGGACAUCACUAAUGGCAAUUCAUUGCUACAAAUCAAUUUAGAUUGGUUUUAUGCAUUUGCCAUAAUCCCCGCUAACUGGUUCUGUGUGUUCAUAAAAUUACUGUCAUGAGCAGAAAUACAGUGUAUUGACUUUGUGCAGUAAAUUUUCUUUGAGAUUCUAAUCAAGAAUAUUCUAAUUUUUUUUUUACAUUCAACAUAAUUUAAAAGAUAAAAUUAAAAUCUCUCUAUAUAUCUUAACACUUUAAACACUACACUACUAACCAGGUCCUAAAAGUUACUCACCAUUGCAAGUCUUGAGAGUCCAUGGCACAUUCACCAGGGGUACAUUUCUAAUUGUCAGGACUAAAUGUUAAGUCUAGUGGUGAGUGAAAAUUUUGAGCCCUGAUGUCUGUCUAUAUAAAUACUCUUAUGCAUCACCUGCAUAUCUCAAGUUGAACCGGGCAUAGAAACUUAAGAAUUUGUUUCCCCAACAAUCCCAAAGUUCCCAGCUUGGCAUACAAAUAGGCACAGCCAGGCAUCGUGUUUCAAACUACAUUUAGCAAUGGAUGAUACUUAAAACAGAGGUUUUUUUUUUUUUUUUUGUGCAAGUCCUAAGAUCCAAAAGGAUCAGUGACCAGAAACUAGCCAGUUUUGACAUUGUGGGUCUCAUCAUCAUGACACUAACUUGAGAGAUGCAGAUGAUGCAUAAUAGCAGUUUUUUUGUACUAGGGGGAGUUCAAUUGUGCUUGGCCCCACCACAAUAUUUUUGGUUACUAACUAAAUGUAAAUAUGUGUCUGUGUAUGUAUUGAUUAAUACAUAAAAAUAUAUAGAAUCAAUACAAAGUAAAGGCUUUUUUUUUUUAUUGUUUAACCCCUUAAGGACACAUGACAUGUGUGACAUGUCAUGAUUCCCUUUUAUUCCAGAAGUUUGGUCCUUAAGGGGUUAAAGAAAAUGUGUGAUACCAAUUUUAUCAUGGUCGGAUACCUCCCGUACCAAACAGGCACACGCACACACAGGACUAGGAGCCAUUCACGUUCUAUGGGCUAAGCUACAGGGUUAUUUUAUAGGAAAUUUCAAGUUACGUAGGACUUCCUAUUACUUUGUCUCCGUUAUUACUUUCUGUGGUGCUGUUCAUCAUUGCUAACAUGAAAGAAGUCAACUAUACACAGAGAGAAUAGCUGUCAUUGCAAAUACCAUUGAGAUAAAAUAACUCCUUUCGACUGGGACUUUAAAUUUCUUUAAAUUCCCUAGUGUUUGGUAUUUUACGCAAAUUAGACUGUGCUACAAAAUGCUUUUUUUUGUGCAUUGUUGGAGGCAGUAAGCCUAGAGCUUUUCCACAAUAGUCUUAAUGUUUUUAUUUAUAACAAUGUUGUGCAUUUUGCUGAAUUGGUUGUUGUGCCCCAUUUCACAUGUUGUCAAUUAGAUCCCUCUGUUGAGCAGAUGAACAUAUUCUGGCAAUGACCUUGUAACAUCAGAGUGAAUGCUGCUAUUUUACCAGCUACGCCUGAAGAAGUCUUUCAGCAAUCCGGAAAACCAUCAGCUCUUAUCAUUUAGCUAUCAAAGGUGCAUUACCAUAUGGCAUGUCCAUAAACAACUAUUUGUGGGAACAUUAACAGUCAAAUCUAGUUAUUUGUUUUGUAAACAAAUUAUUACUUCUAAUCUGUCACAUAUCAGAUGAUGGUAAUAUAACAUGCAGAGCUUUUCUGUUUAAAUCUUCCAUUUUUCUAAGCAGUGCAUGUAACUGUUUUAGUACAGACUUGAAAAUUAGUUUCCUGGGCCUCUGUUAAAGGAACAAUAUGACACUAGGAAUACAAAACUGUUAAAGGACCACUAUAGUGCCAGGAAAACAUACUUGUUUUCCUGGCACUAUAGUGCCCUGAGGGUGCUCCCACCCUCAGGGUCCCCCUCUCGCCCGGCUCUGGAAGGGGGAAAGGGGUAAAAACUUACCUUUUUCCAGCGCUGGGCGGGGAGCUCUCCUCCUCCGAUCCUCCUCUUCUCCUCCCCGUCGGCUGAAUGCGCACGUGCGAAGAGCUGCGCGCGCAUUCAGCCGGUCAUAGAAAGCAUUCAUAAUGCUUUCCUAUGGACGCUGGCGUGCUCUCACUGUGAAAAUCACAGUGAGAAGCACGCAAGCGCCUCUAGUGGCUGUCUCAUUGAAACUGCUAUGUUUAUGAAAGAAUGGGUUAACCCUAGCUGGACCUGGCACCCAGACCACUUCAUUAAGCUGAAGUGGUCUGGGUGCCUAGAGUGGUCCUUUAAUGCAAGUUUCUCUGACAAUAGCGAAAGUUAACACUGGUGUUAAAAACUCUUAAUAUUUACCUCUUUCCAGUGCCGAGGUCCCUAGGCACUGGCUUAAUUUCCCCAUCGUUCCAGCGAUGGGACAAGCAUUAUGCCCACAUUUUAUCUUACCCAUAGGCAAGCAUUAAGUCAGUGCUUUGCUGUGGGGGAUUUGUAAAUGCUAGAUAUCCUUUAGUGGCUGUCUUUCAGACAGCCACUAAAGGUGGAAUUAACCAUGCAAUGUCAUUUUUUUCUGUAACCCCAUGUAUACCUGGUGUUAAUUGUGUGAGCAGGGAACUUACCCUGCUCACACAGAUAUUUGCAAAGGCAUUUUAAUGACUCAUCUAAAAAUUGAAAAUGGCCCACCAGAAAGAGGAAAGCCCCAGAUAUCUCUUGAUACCUGGUGCUCCCUGAUGUGAAUAGAGAUUUAACUCCGCUCACACCAAAUAUGCAGGUCGUUAUAUGCCACCCUACUGGCAUUUAAGACUCACUUUAUAUAGGACGACAUAGAACGCCCAAACAAAGUUAAGGGGGUUAAAGAGUGCUCAAUAUCAACCUUGAAUGUCUCAAGGUUCUUUUCCUUUUUUUAUUAUCCAUGAUUUUUUUUUAGGUGAUAUUUUACAGUGCUAUCAAGGCAUUCAUUCACAAGUCAUGGACAGGAGAAAUAGUCCACACAAAUUGUGAGCUGCUUCUUUCGCUUCAGUAAAGGUUUCUCCUGUUAGCUCAACUUUAUUUGUAAGCAUAUGUUCUUUAUCAACCAUUGGUUGAGGGAAAAAAAAAAACAUCCCUCAUUAGUUUUUUCCUUGGCUAGUGAGUUUAGAGCAGGUUUAAUCGUAUUAAAGCAGGCUUCCCCUACCCCGGCCCUCCAGCUGUUGCUGAACAACAACUCCCAUGAUUCUAUGAAUGAAAUGGGUUGAGAAUCAUGGGAGUUGUAGUUCAGCAACAUCUGGAGGGCCGGAGCUUAGGGAAGCUUGCAUUAAAGGAUUACUUCAAGCACCAUGACCACUUCAGGGAUUUUGAAGUGGUUAUGUUACCUGCAGUGUCGAUGUGCAGCACAUACAGAGAUACAGUUUUCUGUGCAGAGUUAGCAUUAAUUGUCAGCACGCAUAGCAUGCUAGCAAUGAACACCCAGUGGUGUUAUGAUCACCAUCUUUCCUCUGCUGCCUGAAGUCCUAUCUCAGCCUGGCUCUUGGGAAAUCCCUUCCCCUAUCGAACGGGUGAAUACAGUCAUCAAAGGCAGUUUUCUGGAUCAUUAACAAACACACAUUAUUAUUAUUAUUAUUAUUAUUAUUAUUAUUAUUAUUAUUAUUAUAUAUAUUUUUAGAGGGGACCAUGCCAGCAAAGUUUACUCAAUCAAAAAAAAUGUAUUUUAUUAAAACACUAUUUUAAUUUUUUUGUUGUGUUUGCAAUGUAUAGUUUAUAUUGAUGGAAUAAGUCAAUCAUUUGCAUUGCACUUGUAGGCUUUAGAAUGAGCUAUCAUCUGACUAUGUUUUUACGGGUCUCUAAAGGAUAGCCCCCCAUGUUUUAUUUCCUAAGAAACCUGUUUGUCCAGCACUGCUGUACGCAUUGCCUUUGUUUUUCCAUUUGGAAAGUUCUGUAUUUUAACUUCUAUGUGGUUUCCUGUAUCUAGUUAUUUUUAAAUUAAAAUAAUGUCCCAAAAUACAAAAAUAAAUGCAAGAAAAAAUAAACCAUGCCAGGAAACUUAGAUUUUACUCACUCAAUGAAUAUGAUUUAGCAGACGUCAGCCUUCUGCCAUGUGGAACGAAGUAUUUUAUUGGGUUCUCCAGUAGAAAUAAAUAUAAAGCACAUGCUACCAGGCUCCUAGUAAAAUUGAUCCCAGUAUUUUGGAAGUCCUGCACUUACAGCCUGCAGUAGCAAUCACAGUGCGGUUCCUAAAAGGGAAGAACUGUGCAGUGAAGGAUCUUUGUACUAGGUUUAAGAUCUCUGAUGUGUUCAUUCCAACAUGUUUUUCAUCUAUGAUAUAGUAGUAGUUGAUGUUGUAGUGUGUUUUAACUUAAAGCAAAAAAUGGGGAAACUUGAAGGAGAGAAUAGGUACUACUGGUGUGAAUUCAUGUUAAUUUGACGCACUUAACAAGAACAUGGGAAAAAGUUAAAGGCCAAUCAAAGUACUAUUAUUAUCCGUGUAACAUUAAAGGGGUCAGUUUAGCAUAUUGUUUCCCAUUUAAGAGGAUACAUCAGAGAAAAAAAAGUAGUCUGAUUGUUUUGUCUAUUGCCUUGACAUUAGGAAUAAUCAUGAAUACAUUGCUCCAUUGUUUAGAAUGUAUCAGUAAAAUGCAAUGGGCCAUGCUGUAUGUGUUAUAAGAGUAGCACAAUGCUAAAUAUGGAGCAAUUCGCAGAAAUCUCUCAUUGAUUUCUAUGACAAUUGCUUCACAUUUAGCUUUUACUUGAUAAAUAAUCUUUCACAAAUAACCCAGCUUAAACCCUUAAGGACCAAACUUCUGGAAUAAAAGGGAAUCAUGACAUGUCAUGUGUCCUUACGGGGUUAAAUGGCUUGCAUAAAUUGUCAUUUUGUGGCCAUCAUGUACACUAAGCAGUUUAAUUCAACCUAUUUGCAAUGCACAAUAUCGAUAAGUAUAUUAAAAUAUAAAGUAAAAGCACAAUGGUUUAAUUGGUGUACUGUACGUUUAAUCAAAAAGUAACUUUUUAUAUCAACAUACAGUUAAGCUAUGGCAAUCAGGUGCGUUAGUUUCACACAGACUAGUUUAUCUGCUUUGAAGAGAUGUUUAAGCAAUGAUUAACUUCUAGUUAUCAGAUAAUUCCCAUUGGGAUCUCGAGUGACUAAUCAAAAAGGGUCCGUCCGUACUAUUUCUAUUUUCUUUCCUAUAAACAUUCGCUUUCCAAGAGAGAUUCUUUUUAGCUUUUCUUCCACUAGUACUUGAAAUGGCCAGCCAGGCACCAUUUCUAAAUGAAACUGGUUACCUGGGGAUGUUUGCAGUACUUUCUUUGGUCUCCCAGAUUGAUGACCUCACUGAGUUCCUUCUCAGGUCCAUUAAAGUCAGUGGUGUCAUCCUUGUAAUAAGUUCACAAUUUCCUAAAAAGUUUUUAAGACCAUUCCCAGUGAAAGGGAAACAAUUGAAUCUAGAAAGUUUUGUAGUCCAUCCUGCACCACUUAAUGUACACUCCAAGCACAGCUGCACCUAUUCAGGAAGGUUCAUGCACUAUAUUUCUUAUACCCACAUAGAUUUUUUUUAUUUUUUUUAUGUAUGAGCCAGCAAUUUGCUUAGUCACAGUGUAAGAGAAGGUAUGCCUCAAUCUCUCUGUGCAUGUACUUUGAUUAUGUAUGCACACGUUUUGUGUCCCACAUUCUGUAACAGACUCUCUCAUAGCGCAUGUGCCAUAGCAGCCUCCUAUGUGAAGCUGUGUUAUGGCAUUUACUUGAUUGUGCAGUUUUAUUCAUUCAUAUAUUUUAUACUGGUGAGCAGCACUAUUCAUGUAUGUCCUGACGGCUUGUGGAACACAAAGCUAUCAAAGACAAAAGUGCAAUUUCUAGCGGCCUCUAUUUAUAUUCCUCAUUAAUCAAACCAGGCCCCCUAGCCUAUACAAUAGCUAUAAUGUUGCACUACCAUGACUGUCUUACCUUUUGUUUCCUCAUACCCUUGUCUUUAUGCUCCUAUACUUUAUGUGAACUGGCUUGUUGAUGAAGGAAGCAGAGUUGAGACAUUAUUUUAUUUACACUUAGCCCUACAUCACUAAUAGGCCUAGUCGUACGCAUAUAGCAGAUUUGCAGCAAGUGUGUUAUGCCAGCCCUCUCUUAAGCUCAAAGGAAAUAUUGGGGACUUCAGAAAUUCACAGCCUCCAACGUAUACCAGUCAGUAAUCUAAAUUACUGGUGCAUUAACCAGAGACUGAAAAACCAAACUAAACAGCAUGCAUAGAGGCAGACAUUGCAGGUCUGUGUUCCACUAGCAAAUGGGGAUUUGCUUAAACUAGUGGCUUCCUUAUGCGCCAUUGUAAUUUUCUUGGUGAGACCGUUUGUUAUUCACUAAAAGUGGUAACCAUGGAGUCCUCUCCAUUUUUACUGGUGAGCAUAAAAUAAACAUUUGGGCCUGCUUUCUAGGCCGCUGCCUAAGUGUUGUGAAGGACAGGUAAAAGACUGCCUGAUAGGGAGUGGGCACUACUAUUUAUACUGAUUUCUCAGCUCUGUAAGUAUUGUUGUAAUACUUGUAUUAUUGUGUACAUGUUUCAUAGGAACUAGGAAUGCAACAAUGUAGCACUAGGCUGAACUAUCACUUUUUAUACAGAAAGAAGGAAUGGUAAUCAUCUCCCCUUUCAUGUUUUGACAUAGGUUUCCCGUCUAAUACAUACUAGUACCACAGUACAGAGAAGAAAUAUUGCAGCCCAAGGACAAGAAAAGUACACAGAAGCUUUUAUUAAAAAGCAGAUUGAAGAGUUCAACAUUGGAAAAAGACAUUUAGCCAACAUGAUGGGAGAGGAUCCUGAGACGUUUACCCAAGAGGAUAUUGAUGUAAGUAUAGGCGCUGUUCUGUAGAAGUAAUUUAGUGUGGAGGUUCAUAUUGAAAGUGCUUAACUCUGUUGUGGCUGUCCCGGCUUCCUGUGAAUUUUAAUCAAACUGUCGUUACAUGGCAGAAUACAUCACUUUCACUCGAAGUGGAUUUGUUAUCCUGUUAUUGGGUCAGUCAGAUCUAAAGGUACAUCACUAUGUUGUCAUAUUAUUCUAUUAUUCUUUGACUUGAAUCCUGUCUCUGUUAUGGGUCAUGAUGGCAGCAAGGGAGGAUUGCUGAAAUUUUAGAAAUUUUACCUUAUGUUCCAUUUUCAUUUUCUUUCCGCCAAGCGUUUACCAGGGAAACAAUCAUGCAGUCCUUUUUGAAGCAUGGGAAAAUGUUAUGUAGUGAUACUGCAGUCCAGCUAGUGGUCACAAUCAAGUUUUAAUUACAGAUUAUAUCUGACCCUUGCAGUUCUUGGAAGAAGUUAGGCCUCCUCAUUUAUAGCAGAUAAUAUUUUACCUGCAUGUAAUCUGUAAUUCAAAACACCCAUGCCUCCGGCAUAAAAUAGAGGUCUAGAUUUUUUUACAAUUUUUUUUUUUUUUUAUUCCAUCUGCCUAAGGUUAGAAGUUCCCGCAAAAGUCCUGCUCAGCUUCCUUUCCCAUCCCCUUCAAGUGACCUCAUGCUACUCCAACAUGCUAUUCUUCGAGUUGUUGUAUUGCUUCCUCUGAUAUGUAGAUCAUGACUGUUAUAUCAUUCUCAAUAUGAUGUUACUGGCCUGAAGAAAAAUCUGCAUUCCCUUUUUUUUAUUGAUGUCCUCAUCUGAUUUGGUUUAUAGAUCAGUGGUUAAGGUUUCUGCUAUAUGGUCUCUAGGACAAUGUUUCUUCACCUCGUUUUGCCUCUCAAAUGAUGUACAUGGCAUAAUUAUUCCUUAAUAAAACUAGGUUAGUUAUUUUCAAUUGUAUUAUGAUGGGGUUUCCCUUGUGCUUGGGGGAAAAGGCAUUAGUGAUUACAGCAGACAUUUUGUAGGCUUUUCCCUGGGGUCUGACAAGCAUGACAUGCCUAUUUCACCAAUAAGUUUCCAGCUUUGUAUCCUAAUACAGGACUAAAAACCACUUUUGCCCACAAAACACACAAAAGCUAAAAAUAAUUCACCCAGGAAUGAUCUACAUUCUUGCUCACCUUUCUCUGCUUUUACUGCCUUUACCUGUCUGAACCAUAUACUGAUUUCUAACUUUGAGUGGGAAAAUAUAUAUACAUAUAUAUAUUUUUAACAUCUUACUCAUUUGGUGUUUGGUGGGGAAAUAUAAUCAUAUGUCAAGGUUCUCAUCCUGCUUUGCUACUCCUUGUGGUAUUUGAUUGAAAACAUACUGAGAAACAUUACCCUGUUUUAUAUUAUGUGUUUAGUGUGUUAAACGGGUUUCUAAAAUUGGUAAGGAAGGGUAAUGGAUAUCUAAAAUUGGUAAGGUAGGGAAGGGUAAUGGAUAUCUAAAAUUGGUAAACGGGAGUUUUUUUGGUUUUUUUUUACCUUCUUUCUUCACCCCUAAACAUGGCUAUAAAUCAGCAGUCACUGAGCUGUGUUCAACUUGAAAAAUCAGGCCAAUACAGUGUAGUAAAACGUAGGACAGCUCAUUGUCUGCAGCAGUAAAUCCUCCUCCUAAAGUGUUGAUCCACAGAAGACUUGCGUUAGACUCCAAGGAAAGGUUUAAUCCCGUUUCAGACUGCCGGUGCUCACGUCUACCACCGCAAUGCGAGCAGAUUGAUAAAUAAUGCUGCCAAGUUCUCUUCAAUUGCUUUUUAAUUGUUAUCUCUGCUCUUGUUCAGAAAGCUGCGUGUUCUCCUUCCUGCUAGGACGAAAUCUUCUGCAGGAAAUUUCUUUAAUUGAUUUGCUGUGUCCAUUCUAUUUGCCGUAUCAUUUUUCACAAUGUUUCAUAAUUUGUGCUCAUUUCUAAUGAACAGAGUCAUUAGAACAGGCAUGACUAAAUACAACUGACAGCUAACAUUAGGUGCCAGAUGCAGUUUCUGAUGCUACGUAGAAGUGAAGAGAACAGUUUAAAUAAAUUAGCACCUGUACAUUAGUCUCACUUGCUGGUAAUUUAUAAGCGAAUCAGUCGAGAUGACAUUUAGGUAAGUCAUUGAUCACGUUAACAGCUGCCUACCCACUGCCCAGCUGGGAUAACUAAUUAAUAGAGAUAGCAGGCUGACCUGAUGGGUUUCCCAGACCAUAGAUUGUGCUAUCUUAUAAUUUCUCUCCAGCCAGAAUAAAACCCUUUUGUUUGCUGGAUAUCUUCUGCAAACAAUGAGUAUUGAAGCAAAGUAAGUGAUUUUUUUAUUUUAUUUUUUUUUAUCUAAUUGCGGCUUUAAUUUUUGUGGUUUGUAUCUCCAUGUGUUAUUUUACACUUAGGGGUUUAUUAAUUAAAUACCAAAUUGUAAAGAAUUGAAAAGUAAUAAAUUUUAGGCAAAAAUAAUGUAAACUAUUUUGUCUAAUUUCUGUUAUUAAUUUGAGUAUAGUGAAUACACCCCUAAGUGUAAGUUAAACCUACCUUGCAUUUAGGUUUUAUGUUGUAGUCAACAGCAUGCGCUGUACCUUUUGGGGUUUGCUUUUGGGGGGAGUGAUUGGAUGUGUUUAUAUAUUUGCUUGUGCUGCAGGAUAUAUUGAAGCUUCAAUAAAUAAUUGGUGAUUUGUAAAUUUCAUAACCUUCACCUUUUAUACUAUGAAUUAGCUCUGCUUUUAAUAUUUUUCAUAUUUUUGUUAUAUAGUAAUCUAGAUUGAAAAAGUUCACCAUUAAAACCUAUUUUGUUUAUGCUGUUGAUCCAAAAGAAGGCAAAACCCCUCCAUCCCCCCAAACAAUUGUUGCAAUUUUCAAAUGUACCACAAUAAUGGGAAAUAAAUCUUUGUUGACUCCGUAAUGGCAAUCAAAUUUACAUACACUAUAUGGACAAACAUUUUGAGACACAUGAUGAUUAUACCAAUACGGACCUUUAUGACAUUGCAUUCUAAAUACAUAGUCAUUGAUAUGUUGUAGGUCCCUCAUUUGCAGCACAGCUUCCACUCUUUUGGGAAGGAUUUUUAUGAGACUUUGGAGAGUGAUUUUUUUGCUCAAUUAUCCAGUAGAGCAUUUGUAAGACGCGGAUGUUGGAUGAGAAGGCCUGACUCGUAGUCUGUUCCAGUUCAUCCCAAAGUUGUUUGAUAGGGUUGAGGUCAGGCUCAGUGCGGGUCAGUCCACACUAAACAUAUCCAACAAUGUCUUUAUGGAGACCUUUCUUUGUGCACUCUUGUGGAGUCAUGCUGGAAUAGAAAAUGACCUUCCCAAAACUGUUCCCACAAAGUUAGAAGCAUAGCAUUGUCCUGGUAAACUGAAGCAUUAAGAUUUCCCUUCACUGAAGGGAAAAACAGCCCCUUCCAUUUAUCCCACCUCCACCAAACUUUACAUUUGGCACAAUGCAAUCAGACAGGUAACCUUCUCCUUUCACCCGCCAAAUCCAGACUCACAAAUCAGACUGCCAAACAGAGAAGCGUGAUCGGCACUCCACAGAACAUAUUUCUACUGUUUCAAAAUCCAGUGGCUGUGAUCUGACCCUUGGCAUUGUCUUUUCAACAAAAACGAACAUCCGUGCCUUUUUAAAUACCUGCAAAAGGGCUAGGGCUGCGCCCGAGGCUAAUAUCAGUAAUCUAUAAUGACAAACAACCAGACCAAAUGGUCUAAAUGGAGAUACAACAAAUAUGCCUAUAUAAAAUAGAACAGUAAGGCGUUUAAAAAAUCCCAAGUGAACAAUAAAAUUGGUAAUUCUCAGGAAUAUAAAAUGGUAAAUAAAAAGUCACAUAAGUCUCUCUAUAUACCAGGAUGCCGAUGGUGUAAUAUCGUCAGGAUAUUACACCAUCGGCUAUUUUGUCGUUUUCCCUUUCUCUCCACAUAUACGGAUAUUUUAACCAUCCGGACGGAUCAACUCCUGAGGACUGCCAACUCCCCCCCUAUCCUGGUAUAUAGAGAGACUUAUGUGACUUUUAUUUACCAUUUUAUAUUCCUGAGAAUUACCAAUUUUAUUGUUCACUUGGGACUUUUUCACUCCUUACUAUUCUAUCUUAUAUAUGCCUAUUUGUUGUAUCUCCAUUUAGACCAUUUGGUCUGGUUGUUUGUUAUUAAAGAUUACUGAUAUUAGCCUAGGAUGCAGACUUACCCCUUGUGCAUCUUUCUAUCUUGUUCUAAAGGAUCUUGAGGGAUUCCCUUUUUUGGGGUUCCUGCCCUUUAGUCUGUUAUCUAGCACUGACUCUUCCCCCCCCUGUUCUUUUAAAAUACCUGUAGAAUCUGAUCGCACAACUUCGGUAUGUAGAGAAUUCCACAUCAUUUUUGUCUUAAUGUCAUAAUGACACACACGGUGUUGAAACAUUGCUUGCCCUUUUGUAUGGCUGAGAAAAAACAAUAUUACACCGUGAUGGCUGAGUGCUGAAGUUUUAUUUUUAUAUGGUGUACCCUUUGGAGCUAUGGUCUGGCCUAUGGUGCAGAUCCAAAAGAUAUAUUUUGUUAUAAGCGUUGCAGUUGUCAGAAGAAGUGAGCAACAAACAAUUAUUCUCCUCCUCCUAUGCAGUGUGAGGAAGCAUUAGACUGACCAGCAAUGGGCAGCUGUGAUUGGCUGAGAGGGUCUGCCUUUUCGAUUGUGGAAACACAUGGGGAAAAGUAAUUUUCAUCCAUCUCUAUGUGGAAUGUAGAUUACCGUAUUUUUCGCUCCAUAAGACGCACUUUUUUUCCCCUCAAAAGUGAGGGGAAAUGUCUGUGCGUCUUAUGGAGCGAAUGUAAAGCUUUACUUACCUGUGUUGGAGCAUGGGCUGGCUUCACAGCGCGCUCCGCGGUCCAGGAACUUCUAUUUCAGGUUCCGGUUUCCGGCGGGACUGAAAGGAAGUGCACACUUCCUUUCAGUCCCGCCGGAAACCGGAACCUGAAAUAGAAGUUCCUGGACCGCGGAGCGCGCUGUGAAGCCGGCCCACGCUCCAAGACAGGUAAGUAAUUAUGGGACAAGGGGAGGGGGGGGAGAAAGGGAGGGGAGACACUAUGGGAGAAAGGGAGGGGGAGACACUAUGGGAGAAAGGGAGGGGGAGACACUAUGGGAGAAAGGGGGGAGACACUAUGGGAGAAAGGGGGGAGACACUAUGAGGGGAUGGGGAGACACUAUGGGAGAAAGGAUGGGGAGACACUAUGGGAGAAAGGGAUGGGGAGACACAUGGGAGAAAGGGAUGGGGAGACAAUGGGACACUAUGGGAGAAAGGGAGGGGGAGACACUAUGGGAGAAAGGGAUGGGGGAGACACUAUGGGAGAAAGGGAUGGGGGAGACACUAUGGGAGAAAGGGGAGGGGGAGACACUAUGGGAGAAGGGGAGGGGGACACACUAUGGGAGAUGGGGAGGGGGACACACUAUGGGACAAUGGCAGGGGGGAGACACUAUGGGAGGGAAAGUGCACUAUGGGACAAUGGGAGGGGGGGACACUAUGGGAUCAGAACACUAAUGGACAAUGGGAGGAGGGGUUAAAGAACACUAUGGGACAGUGUAGGAGGGGUUAACAAUCACUAUGGGACAGAGGAAAGGGGGGGUUAAAGAUCAUUAUGGGACAGGGGAGAAAAAAGAAUAUUCUGAACAAACUGUUCCAUAGUAAGAAACACUAUGGAACAGUUUGUUCAGAAUAUUUUUUUUUUCUGGGUUUCCCCCUCUAAAAACUAGGUGCGUCUUAUGGUGAGGUGCGUCUUAUGGAGCGAAAAAUACGGUAUUUGCAUAAAGUGAGGGAGAUGUUUAGUCGAAAUGCUUGUAUGUAUUAAGUGGUUCAGUCAACAGAUGUGAUUUGAUUUAAUAUACACUUGUGCCUACUGUUUGUCAAAUCAAUAGUAUCGACUGGGAAUAAUACACUAUGAAAAAGAAAUGGAUUAAAAUGUCAGUCUCACUUAUAUUUUUGAUGUUUGACGCAAAUGGAUUAAUACAUUGUGUUCGUGGUUGUGAGGCUUUUUCUAGAUCAUGUUUGUGACAAGUCCACAAAUGCUUGACUGUUUAAAAUAGUCUUCCAUCAAUAACAAUACAUAACACAUCAUUUUGUUGCUUGUUAUCUGCCCACUGCUGGCAAAUGCAUAUUUGAAAUGUAAUUGCAGAAUUUUUUUUGCUGCGGCUUUAUACUUCAAAAGUUUAAAUCUUAUUGCCACCUGAACAUGUUCACUGUCCCGGUCCUUUUAUUGUUACACUAAAAUCUUAAUUUAAUGGCCAUUGAAGUGAUGCUAAAACCCUUCAGUUAUUUAAACAUGCAUAGGGAUUUAGGACUGUGCGCAAGUAACUAUUUUUUCUUUGGUUUUUAUUGUAUGUGUACUAUGGCAGCGAUUCCCAGUGGGUCGCGCUGACCCACACAUCAAGUGCCGCCAGAGACUCGAGUCAGGCAAGCAGACUGACACCAGGAGGGGGGGGACCCUCUCUCCCCCCCCCACUGUAGCAUUCUCUCCCCCUGCCCUCCCACUAUAGCCUUCUCUCCCCCUGCCCCCCCCACUAUAGCCUUCUCUCCCCCUGCCCCCCCACUAUAGCCUUCUCUCCCUCUGCCCCCCCCACUGUAACACUUUCUCACCCUGCCCCCCCCCCCACACUGUUACCUGCACACUGCCUCCCACACGGUCACCCUCACCUCUCCCACACACUGUCACCCUCACAUCCUGUCUCUGCAUGUAUGUGUAUCUGAGUGUCCUUUUGUGUGUCAGUGUGUAUCUGUGUACAUGAGUGUCUGUGUAUCUGUGUGUGGGAAAAUAAGUGUCAUUGUUUGUGUAUUGCUGUGUCUGUGUGUAUUUGUGUGUCUCUGUAUGUGUAUACACUGCACACAUAUUCCAUACAAAAAACAUGCUUACAUUCAAACACACAUUGUGUACAUGUAUAUUUUAUAUACACAAUAUACACACACUGCAUCCACUACACACGCACUGCAAUCAAUACAAACAUUACAAACAUUACUUACAAACACACCCCUGCAUCAAAACACUAAAAUUAUAUACAAACACCCCUUAAUUCAAACACCAACACUACACACAAAGAGCACACCUGCAUUUAAAGUCCUACACUACAUACAAACACACCUGUGUUCAAACAUUACAAACAUUACAAACAAGUACACCGCUACAUUCCAAUGGCAACAGUACAUACAAAUGCUCCCAUACAUGCACACAUAUACUUAAUACACAAGCAUGCUUACAUUCAAACGCCCAAACACUGCUCACAAAUAUAACCCUGCAACGAUGGGCAAAUGGUAGAUUCCCAGCUGGCAUAGCAUUGUUGAAGUUCUCCGACAAAUGGCCACACUUGCACUAGAAGGGGGGCCCAGAAAACAUACUUGCACCAAGGCCCUCUCUAUGUUAGUUCCACCACUGGGAUAAUCAACGUGAGGUGCUUGGAUGAGCAGGACACACAACUUCUGAUUCUGACUGAGUCUGUGAGUAAGCAUUUGUAAGCCUGUAAAACUGAUUACCAUGAUGUGCAAAGUUUCUGCCUCUAAAAUUGCCAUGAUAUGCUAAAUUAUGCCUCUAAAACUGCAAUGAUAUGUCAAUUGUAUGCAUCUAAAGCUGAUUGCCAAUUGUGUGCCAAUUGUAUACUUUUAAAACUGAUUGCCAUGGAGUGCCAAUUUUAUGCAUCUGACUGUUUGCAAUGGUAUGCCAACUGUAUGCCUCUAAAACUGAUUGCCAUGAUGUGCCAAUUUUAUGCCUCUAAACCUGGUUGCCAUGGUGUGGCAAUUGUAAGCCUCUAAAACUGAUUGCCAUGGUGUGCCAAGUUUAUGCAUCUAAAGCUGCCAUAAUGUUCCAAUUGUAUGCCUGUAAAGCUGAUUGCCAUGGUGUGCCAAUUGUAUGCCUGUAAAGCUGAUUGCCAUGGUGUGCCAAUUGUAUGCCUGUAAAGCUGAUUGCCAUGGUGUGCCAAUUGUAUGCAUCUAAAGCGGAUUGAAUAGUGUGCCAAUUGUAUGCCUCUAAAGCUGAUUGCCAUGGUGUUCAUUUUUUAAAAUAUGCAUUUAAAGCAAGUGGGUCUCCAAAAAUUACCAUUUUGAAAAGUGGGUCUUGGCCCAUAAAAGUUUGGGAAGCCCUGUACUAUGGCCAUUGCUGCCGCCCAGGAGUAGUGGGAGUCUGAGCACAGACCUUAUUUUUCUGUAUUUGUAUUUGCUUUUGUAUUACGCAGCUAUGUUACAAUGCUACCACCCAUCCCACGUGUUCCAUAUUAAGGGUUAAUAAGUAUGUAGGGGUUUAGAAAAAUACCCCCCUCUGUCUCAUUAGAAUUUUUUUUUACCUGAAGCUGAAAAGAAGCAAUAGGUUUGCUUUGAAAUUGCAGGUAUGCAUACAUUUAAUGGCCAUUGCAGUUGUACUAAAAAUCUCCAGUUAUUUAAGUAUGCAAAUGAAUUUGGGAUAGUGAGCAAGUUAAUAUUUUCUUUGUUUUUUUUUUGUAUAUAUUGGGGCUGAUGUAUUAUGUUCAUUGUUACCACCCGGGAGUAGUGGGAGUCUGCAUUUCCUCCCCUCUUUCCCCUCAUGAUUUGCUACCCAUAUAAGUUCAGCACGAGUUUGUCAUCAAGCAAGGCCAAUUCUCAAAUGCAAAACUAAUUCCUUAGUGCUCAUGGUCUGCCCUGAAAGUAUCGUUGCCAUACCCCCAAUCCAGCCUCACUCCAUUUCCAUGCCUUUCAAAGUUUGCUUUUGCAAGGUAACCGUUCAUGUUAUGGAAUGAAGCCCACAGCAUCAGCACUCGCCAGCAAAUCGACAGCAACUCUUGAUUUUUCAGCAAUGACAAUUUCAUAAACACUAGAGCUUGAAUUGUCAAUCCUGUAAAAUACCUGCAUGUCUCAAUGUGCCCAGACAUAUUCACAUGUGCUUUGUCUAGUACAUUUACAUUGUUUCUCUAGGGUGUUAGAAAAUUGAAAUUCACAGAAUAGUAUAGGCUGUGUAAUAAGUGUUUUCUUUGUGGGUACAUUGAAUUAGCUGCAAAUUGUACAAUUCUUUAAACUGACAAUGUUUGAGUCAUGUUGUGUAUCCUUGACUGUGCAUUUUCGUUUCUUGCACAUUUAAGGGACAUUUAAUGGAAAAAUAAAAUCCCCAGAUUUUGGGGUAAAUUAAUCCUUCAGAAAACUUAUGACUAUCAUUUGUCUUAUGCAUAAUAUUUGCACUCUUUUCAUACAUUAAAAAAAAUUAAAAUCAAGAAAAGGUUGUAUGAACAUACGUUUUGCUUUUAAAGUAGGCUUCACAUGAAAGAAGUAGCAUUGACAUUGCUUGUAAAAUAGAUAAGGCUGAUUUUUCCACUAGCAUUAUGUGUGAUGCCUUCAAGCAAGCCAGAUGAGUUAUGUUGUAUAUCUGUAUCAAGACUGUGAUUUCAGCAUAGAGAUUACACAUUAAUGUCUCUGAUCAUAUUUAGUUAUGAAUUCCUUCUAAAACACAAUUUCCAUAUUUUGACCUGAUGGUUACAUGUGAACUAAUUUCUAAAGGUGAGGUUUAUUUCUGUAAAAACCUACUGAGACCCAGCCCAUUAACCUGUGUCCUUUGUACUGGACAUUUCGUUCACAUGCAUCUUCUCUUAUUCUUUUGAGCUGCCCUAUCAAUCCCUGCUGUAUUGUAAAGAGGACAUCCUGGGCUUUCCAGUGAUAGGCUGGGAUGCUGGGAGCUUCCUAGGUCGGAAAUCACAAAAAAAGAAAUUGGAAGACCAUUUUUUUUCCCUCGGUUCCCAGAAGGAUAAUAUUUCUCGCCUUUUAAAGUUGGUUCACAUGGAUGUAUAAUAGCUAUUUUCGUACAUUCCAUAAAAUGCCUAUCUUUGCAACAAUUUGGUUAGAAUCCAGAUAUCCUCAAUGUAAAACAGGUGUAUUCCAGUAAAGGCUUGGCUGGUAGUGCUGUAGUAGUGUAGCUUAUGAUUAGGCAGACUUUGGAGUCGUGUUGCCUUGAAAAGAAACGUGAGUUAAUUAAUGAUGGGCAAAUGUCAAUAGUGAGCCAGCAGUGUGUUCCAGUUAGGACAAAGAAAAGAAGAUUCUAAUGAUUAAGACAAAUGCUGAAAAAAUAACUUUACACAAACAAAUGUUUUCAAUAAAUAUAUAUAUAUUUUUUUAAAGUGGGUCUUAUGUUUCUAUUUAACUAUUGCAUUUUUAUAUUUUAAAUAGUACUGACUGCCAAAAAAGUCGAACAGUUGUGUUAUGUGACUCUGUACAGAUUCCCUUUUCUGUAGUUUCUGUAGUGGUAAUUUUAGAAGAUACUUUUUUAGCCUUAUGUCAUUGGGUGCCCAAGAGCUGGUUGGCUAUCCACCUUAGGCCCCACUCCUGAGGCGGGCUGCGAGAGCUGUCCAUUCCGAUCUUCUUGCAAAUCUCGCUUGCACACCCUGUAGUGAUACUGGCUGCCAGAAUAUGACCUCAUUUUGGUCAUCAAAAUCAACGGCACGCGAGGGAGCACAAGAAGAAGAUCUGAACAACCUCACACUAGACUCUAGGACAGGAUGCUUACCUAAAGGGAGGCUGGUGAACUUUGAAUUUAAAUAUCAAUUAAAAUUAAAGAGUGAGUGUCAAUAUUAGUGUGUGUGUGUGUUAGUCUGUCAAAUCAGUGAGGAUGUGUGUGCCUGUCUGUGAGUGGGUGUGUCACCCUGUGUUUGUCAGGGAACGUGUGUGUGCCUGUUUGUGAGUGGAUGUGUACUAUUAAAAUGCAAAAGGAACUGCACUAAUUUUAUUUAAGCAUAAAUUGGGUGCCGUCAGGUUAGCACAAACCCCAAACAGUUGAAUCCAAGGUAGAAGAAAAAGGUCCAGGCACAUUUAUUUAGAACAAAGAUUUUCCACCGUUUCGAGCAUACGUUCGUCUUUGUCAAGCUUGACAAAGACCUAAUGUAGCAUCGAAAUAAUGCUGGGAAAACUUUGUUCUAAAUAAAUAUGCCUUACUGAGAUUUGCCUGGACUUUUUUCUUCUACCUUGUUGGUGAGUGUUUGUCACUGCAGCUUUGGCAGGUAGGGGUGGGGCAAAUUUAGAUUAGAGGGAAGCCCGAGUUUAGUCAUGCCUAGGUCAGCACAAAACCACAAUACACCACUGGCACCACUUUUUUUUUUUUGUCAACCUAUGAGAGUAAGAAACCAUAAUGAGAAAUAGUAAUAAAAGUAAACUAACACGGAUAACCUCUUUAAAACAAACAUACUUGAGACCUACCGUAUAUACUCGAGUAUAAGCCGAGUUUUUCAGCACACUUUUUGUGCUGAAAAACCCCAACUCGGCUUAUACUCGAGUCAGUCUGUAUUAUGGCAAUUUACAUUGCCAUAAUACAGACUGGGGGCUGGCAGAGCUGUUACUUACCUCUCCUGCAGCUCCUGUCAGCUCCCUCCUCCUCCGCGCCGGUCCGGUCAGCACCUCGGUCAGCUCCCAGUGUAAGUCUCGCGAGAGCCGCGGGGUCAUAGUGCAGCUCUCGCGAGACUUACAGUGUGAGCUGAGAGAAGAGCUGCACGGACCGGCGCGGAGGAGGAGAGAGCUGACAGGAGCUGCAGGAGAGGUAACUAACAGCUCUGCCAGCCACCCUCCUCCCCCCACUGAACUGCCAAUGCCACUGGACCACCAGGGAAGGAGAGCCCCCCUCCCUGCCAUAUAUCAAGCAGGGAGGGGGGACAACAAAAUAAAUAAAUUAAUAAUAUAUAAAUAAUAAUAAACAAAAUAAUAAUAUAACAAAAAAAUGAACUAAAAACUAAAUAAAAUACAUAAAUAAUAAAAAAAAUAAAAAUAAUAAUAAAAAAAUUAUUAAAAAAAUAAUAAUAUAACAAAAAAAAUGUAAAUAAUAAUAAUUUUUUUUUAUAAAAAUGCCCACACCCCACCAAGGCUCUGCAACACAAACACACACUGACUGCAUCACACACACACACACACUGCAUCACACACACACACACACACUGCAUCACACACACUGCACUCAUACACACACACUGCAUCACACACACACUGCAUCACACACACACUGCAUCACACACACACUGCAUCACACACACUGCAUUCAUACACACACACUGCAUUCAUACACACACACUGCACCACACACACUGCAUUCAUACACACACACUGCACUCAUACACACAUACACUGCAUUCAUACACACACACUGCACUCAUACACACACACACUGCACUCAUACACACACUGCACUCAUACACACACACACACUGCAUUCAUACACACACACUGCAUUCAUACACACACACUGCACUCAUACACACACACUGCAUUCAUACACACACACUGCAUUCAUACACACAUACUGCGCACUCAUAUACACACUGCAUUUAUACACACACUGCGCACUCAUACACACACACUGCAUUCAUCAUAUACACACACUGUAAAUAAAUAUUCAAUUAAUAUAAUUUUUUUAGGAUCUAAUUUUAUUUAGAAAUUUAUCAGUAGCUGCUGCAUUUCCCACCCUAGUCUUAUACUCGAGCCAAUACGUUUUCCUAGUUUUUUGGGGUAAAAUUAGGGGCCUCGGCUUAUAUUCGGGUCGGCUUAUACUCGAGUAUAUACGGUAUUUUUAUUAUUGGUUUUAUUUCUAUGGAUGACAAAUUCACCUUCAAAAUCUAAUUACCUGGAAAUUAAUUUCUCCUUUUCUGAUGUCAUGCUUCCCAGCAGAUUUGGGUUAGUUCUGCCAUAUCUGGUUUGUUUACAGUUAUCCUGCAAGUAUGCACAGCGUGCACACGUGAUCAGGCACACUCAAACUGUGCAGAUUACACUUGCAAUUCAGCAUGUGGACAGAGUGCUUUAGCAGCACUUUGCAAUGUGCAUUCCUGAAUGGGUCUGGACAACAUGUCAGUUGGUCAGUUUUCCAUGUUUCCAUGACUAAUUUACCCACUUUUUAAAUUUAUUUGUUUGUUUGUUUUUAAUGGGACCUGUUCUCUUUCCACUUAGGCCAGCCCCAUUAUGGGUCACCCUUGAACCAACUUGUCCUUACUGUAUCUCUCAUUAGGAUGUAAAACAAUGGGAAGGUGCAUGACAAUGAUACAAAAAGAAUAACUGAUACACAGUAGCUCUGGAAUUACAAUCAUCCAUAAAAGCACACCAUCUCUGCCAAUUUUUAUUUUUUUUAUAUAUAAUCUUGAAUGGGUCAGUCUAUUCAGUGCGAGACAGGCCUCUAUGCUUAGUAAGGUUCUAGGACUUAUUAAAUAUCUGUUUAUCCAGUGGUUGAAAUAAAGUUCAGCUUUUUAUAGGAUCACCGGAAACCAGUAGCUUUGUGAGGUUAAACAUGCACUUUAUUUUCUAAAGCUAACAAAACAUAAUUUGAUAUCUUUUUAUGUUCAUUCUUUUUUUUAAUAGAUAUUACAUUCAUUGUUAACAAGUAAAGGGAAAAAAAAGAUACUUGCCUUCAAAGAUCCUGAAUUUGCACAGUUGCUAGAGACUUUCUUCAGUUUCAGCUUUCAUUGCCUAGGAAGAUACUCCACCAAUUAGCAGCCUCUCUGGGUAUAAUCAUAUCCCAUAGACACCUGUCCAGCAGGUACAUAUGGGAUAAAUAGUUUAUCUUGAAGCUGUAGCACUACUCAAAAAAAAAAAAAAAGCCAAAAAAAAAAAAACAGCUGUACCAAAGCUUGUAUCUGAUGAUCCACAGCCUUGUUUAAAGUUUGGUUCCAGAGCAUUGUAUAAUAAAAUCUGUGUCUGUUGCCAGCAGAGUAUUGCAACCGAAGAACAUUGGAUAAUAUAAUAUCUUUCUAUAUCCAGCUGAGCAUUCCUGCAGCUGAUCAUUGAAUUGUAUAAUGCCUCUAUAUACCGCAGAGUAUUCAGGUUUUUUUAACAUUGAAUAAUCAGCAGAGCGUUCCUGCAGCUGGACAUGUUUAAUAGAAUCUUCUAUAUAUUUGACCAUGUUCCUGCUCUAGAGCACUCUGAAAUGCAUAAUCAUUCUUUGGAACACUGGUUAAUAGAUUCUUUCUCAAUCCAGCAGAAGAUUCCUGCAGCUGAGCACUGGAUAAUAUAACCUCUUUAUAUAUCCAGCAGUGUAUUCCCGCUCCAGAGCACAGGUAAUAGUCUCUAUGUGGGAGAUUUAGCACUGAAAAGAGUCCUUUAUUUUUGGCCUCCAUUCCCUUUGUAUUUAUUAAACUGGUCUAAAAAGUGUCACCUUUUCAGUGCUUAAGUUAGACCUUUUAUUUUCAAAAUGAUCCAUUUCAGAAAAGGCCGCCAAAUUUUCUGAGUGGCAGAGAAAAAAAAUUAAAAGAACACUUUUCUGAAGGAAAAUGUGAUGGAAAGAAUGUAAAAUCUGUUGCAUAGCCAGAAAAAAUGGCAAACAAUUAAGAAUGACCGACUGUUGGGGUGCAAAAGAAGCAACACAUAAAAACAUUCUGGCAGAUUUAAGAAAUAACUCAGGAAAAAAAUAAUAAAUGCAAAACUGUCUGCAACACGUUUAUAAAUCUCCCUUUGUUUUUCUAUACAGCAUAGUACUGGUGUUCUAGAGCAGCGGUUCCCAACCUGUGGUACGCGUACCCCCAGGGAUACAAUUCAGUGCCCCGUGGGGUACACGAACAGAAAUCAUUAAUGGUGGCCAUGUCCGCGCAGCUGCACCGCACUGACUGGGAACCGCCAGUCCAUCGGAUGGCACAUGCACUUAGGGCCACCUGAUGGAAAUCUGCCAUGAGGGGCCCGGUCGAGUAUUCUUGCGCUUUAAUUGUGCGACCGUACCCUUAGUAAGCCGCCUGGAGAGCUGGGAGGAAGUGCGAGCCUGUCACGUCCUCCCAGCUGACUUACUCUGAGCCGUGCGUGAGGGAGGCGGGCGUCGACCCGCGAUGUGGGAGCUGGUCAGGAGAGGAAGCAAGAAACCCAUCUGACCGCCCCAGCCAUGGAAGUCACCCUCCUGCUGCCAAAAGGUAGGAUGUCUGUGUGAGUUUCUGAAUCUGUACUUAUGUGAGAGUGUAUGAAUCUGUAUGUCUGUGUAUCUGUAUGUCCAUGCAGGUGUAUGUGUAUCUGUAUGUCUAUGCAGGUGUGUGUGUGUGUAUCUGUAUGUCUAUGCAGGUGUAUGUGUCUGUAUCUCCAUGUGUGUUGGUGUGUGUAACAGUGUGUCUGUGCAACUGUAUGUGUGGCAGUGCUUGUAUCGCUGUGUCUUUACAUCUGUAUAUGUGGCAUUGUUUGAUACACAUACUGACCCACAUACAGGUGCACAGACACACUGAUACACAUGCAGAUGUACAGACAUACAGAUACAAACAUUGCCACACAUCUGCAUGCAGAUACGUAGAGACAGAUGCAAUCACUGACACAUGCAGAUACACACUGAUACACAUACUGGCACACAUGCAGAUACAGUGUGUCUGUGUAUCUGCAUGUGUGUCAGUCAGUGUUUGUAUCUGUGUGUCUGUAUCAGUGUCAGUGUUUGUAUCUGCAUGUGUGGGGAGCAGGCAGAGCCUGGGUUGGAGGGGGGGUAGGGAGAGAGGAGGGGGGAGCAGGGGGGGAGCAGGGAGAGCCUGGGUUGGAGGGGGGGAGAGUAGCAGGGAGAGCCUAGGUCGAAGGGGGAGAGCAAGGAGAGCCUGGGUCGGAGGGGGAGAGCAAGGAGAGCCUGGGUCGAAGGGGGAGAGCAGGGAAAGCCUGGGUUGGAGGGGGAGAGCAGGGAAAGCCUGGGUUGGAGGGGGAGAGCAGGGAGAGCCUGGGUUGAAGGGGGAGAGCAACUAUGUUCAUUACAAACAUUUUGCUAUUAUGAGGGAUACAAUUUAUGGAAAUUGGCUGCCAAGGGGUACUCAAAUGAAAAAUAGUUGGGAACCACUGUUCUAGAGCAUUGAAUGCUCUAACUAUAUCCAGCAGAGAAUUCCUGUUCAAACUCUUUAUAUAAUCACUCCUGUUUCUAGAUCCUUUACCAUACCUCCCAACUCUAGUCUCCUGAGAAGUGGGAUUCUGAAGGAAGGGGGUAAAGGGAGUUUUGUGAUUAGGGUAAAUGGGGCAUGUCAUGCUGCCUGCAAAUCAUAUAUGGCCAGGCCACUUUAACAGACACUGCAGGGAGCAUUGUUUUAGUGCCCUCUGCAGCUAGUGCCCUUAAUGUAGGGUGAGCACGUCUAAUAGCGCUCCCGCCGUUGCAGCUAGGCAUUGGAUAAUAAAAUAUAUUUCUUUGCCCUGUUCAGGAACACUAGAUGCAAGUCUCUAUGCAAUUCAAUAAGCUGACAGAGUGUUCAUAGCACAACACUUGAUAUGAUCUUUCUAUCUUUCUCUCUCUUUUUCUCUUUAUCUUUCUGUUUUUCCUCUCUUCCUGCUUUUCUAUCUAUCUUUCUUCUCGUAUUGGCGUAAUGCGACAUCAAUUAGUUUUUUCACGUUUCUCUAAUGAUGAGGGCAUGGAAAAACAAAUGCACUGCCGACAUUGAUUUAUUUAUGCACCCAGACUCCGUAAGUUCCAUAAGAGAAGAUAAUCGCAAAUUUGUAAUUGUCAUCUUUUACUGCUGUGUAAUUAAUCCAUAAUUUCCUUUUGGGUAUGAUUGAAUUAUGUUUGCCACAUAUCUGUCAAUGACAAAUUCUUUAUUCUAAAAGUCAUUAUCAUAAAUCAGUAUAUUAUAUAUCAAUGUAUUUGGGACCUCAACCAAUUAAAAAAAAAAAAAAAAAAAAAUGGUUCUCCAGGCCAUAGGGAGUUUAUCCUGUGUCUCUGCGACAAACAUAAAAACAUAAGGCACAAGUAAAUUAAUCUGAACAAAGCAUUAAAACGUGAUGGCAUUGGAGCUGUUUUGAAUUUUGUAUGUAAGUCUGUGGCCUUUCAUUGUGUUUUAUAAUAGUAAGCCAAAAAUAUCAGGUGACAAUAAAAAAGGGGGCAGAACUGAUUUAGUGCCACCUUUUUUCCAUCUCAAAAAUUCCUUUUGGAGCAAGCUUCCAAAAUAUAAUUACGCAGACGUACUGAGUUUAAUGUAACUCCAUGUUUGCUUUCUCACCCUGUGUAUUAAAUUUGUGUGCUUCUCUAGUUCAUGACCAACUGCGGUUACGUAUCUGUCACCUUUAGAAUAAAAUUAGACUACAUGGUUCCAUUGUUGAAAGAGAGACGUGUUCAUAAAGUUCAGCCUAUACUGCCAUUAUCCUGUUGAUAUGGUACCUUAUUAAUACCUGUACAGGCAAUUUUUUUUUUUCUUCCAACCUCUAUAUGAAUAUAUUUUCUUUGCAUGUUUUUGUUUUUAUUCUUUUGCCACCUUUUUAAUCUAGGGAUUAAAUUGCCAUGGAGGUAAAAGGUCUAUGCACCAUAACCACGUUAGACUUCGAAUGGAGCAGCAGUAAAUUGUGGACCAAAUCACAGCAGCCAUAUAUAUAUAUAUGAUACCAUCAUCGAGGUCCGCCUCCUCUGAUGUCAUCCGAUUAAUGUGUGUGUGUGUGUAUAUGUAUAUAUACACACACACACACUAAUCGGAUGACAUCAGAGGAGGCAGACCUCGAUGAUGGUAUCAGAUAAGUGAAUAAAGGGUUAUUUAACCAUUUGCAUUGCUUGGGGGGAGUGGGAUGGCAUAAGGAACAGUAUCUCAGAGGGGAUAUAAAAAUGUUACACACAUAUAUAUAUACCCACAUUUUAUAGAAAUGCAAUUUUACUCAACGUAAAUUUCUUUUUCCUUAAUGUGGUGGCAGUACAAUAGGUAUGUUCUCCCUAGGACAAGCAUCUGAAAUUAAAAUUAACCUUAAAAAGUUCCUCCCCCAACAGGUAUAAGACACCAACCUGCCAUAGACACUCCGUACGUUCUAAGAAAACAUCAGAGACUUAAUACUACAAAAAAAUAUCAAAUUUAAUAAUAAAGAAGGGGGAAUGAUGUACUGCCACCAUAUUAAGGAAAAGGAAUUUACGGUGAGUAAAAUUGCAGUUUUUCCUGACACAUGGUGGCAGUACAAUAGGGAUAUAUCGAGAUACCACAGCUAUGGGCGUGAAUUAUGCAACCACCGUUUGCAACUCUUUAUGCCCGAAAGCAGCGUCAGAGGCAGAGUAUAUAUCUAGUCUGUAAUGUUUGACUAAGGUGUUAAAUGAAGACCAUGUAGCAGCUCUGCAGAUAUCUUCUGGUGAAGCUUGCCCUUUUUCAGACCAAAGAAGUAGCUAUGGCUCUUGUAGAAUGAGCUUUCAAGGAGGUUGGUAAAGGCAGAUUUGAUGAAGCAUAAGCCAAUUUUUUAGUGUCCACGAGCCAUCUAGCUAGAGUAGACUUAGAGGCUGUAAACCUUUAAAUUUACCAAAGAAAUCCACAAACAUAUAUGGUCAGUCUUCCUGAAUUCAGAGGAGUGGUCUAAGUAGAUUUUAAGGGAUCUUCCGACAUCAAACUUGUGCCAAUUUUCUUCCAGAUCGGAGACAGAUGUAUUACUAAAGGCAGGCAGGGAAAUGGGUUAAUAGCCCUGGAAGAGAUUACUUUUGGUAGAAAUGAAGGUUUUGCAUAUAAAACAACUUUGUCUAGAAGAAUCUUUGUAAAUUCAGUAGAAGAUGACAAAGCCUGAAUUUCUCCUAUUCUCUCUUUUUUUUUUUUUUUUUUUUAAUAGACCAUAGCUUUAAGGAAGUUUCCUCCAAAGGUUCGAAAGACUGGGAACAAAGAGACUUUAACACCAAAGACAAGUCCCAAGAGGGAAAAACAUCUUUCAUUUGAGGCCUAAUGAGCCUGACAGCCUUAAAAAACAAAAAAACAAAAACAAAUUUCUAACAAGAAUAUCUGAAGCUAAGUUCUUGACUAAAAAAUGGCUCAGAGCAGAUACUUGAACUUUAAGGGUAAAUAAACUUAGACCCUUUUGAAGGCCGUCUGUAAAAAAGGCAAAAUUGUAUCUGUAGAAGGAGAGGUUUUUAGGCAAUGAUGAGAGCAGCACCAAUGAAGGAAUUUCGUUCAAAUAGAUAGCAGAGGUAGAUCUCCUGGUAGAAUUCAGCAGUAUUUUGAAUCUCUCUUUCUUCAUGCCCCAGUUAUACAUGAUUAGCCGUGCAGCAGCCAACCCAUCAAUUUGAACAUCUUCAAUGUUUCUAUUGGAUUCCCUUUGUUCCCCAGGAGCUCUGUUGAAACUGUAAGUUCCCAGUACUUUAAACCCAUCGUCUUCAAAACAGAGAACGAGCUCAGAUUUGGCCAGUAUGGAAUUAUGGCCAGUACAAUCGCCUGUUCUGUUUUCACUUUUUGCCAAUUUCAGGGGAAAUUUGUAUGUGAGGCUGAAGUCCCAUUUGAUUGACAGACCAUCCAGGACCUGACGCAUGUCUGACUGGAAGAGGUAGGCAAAUGCUUGUACCUUUUGUGUUCGACCUUCUUGCCAUAAGAUUUAUGACAGGUAGACUGAAUACUUUCACCAGUUGAUAAAUAAAAAAAAUGACCGGGUUCAGAGACCAUUCGUUCUGGGACCAUCUCGAUCUGCUUAGGUCAUCUGCAAUUAUGUUGUCUAUCCCUCUUAUAUGAGUAGUGGAUAUGUCUUCUAGAUGACUUUGAGCUUAAGACAGAAUUUGUGUGCAAAGGAUGUGCAACUUUAUCUUUGUACCUCCUUGUUUGUUCAGGUAGGCUACCGUUGUCUGACUGAAUUUUCACAGCUUUUCCCACAAUUAGAGAGGUCUGAACUGAUGAAGAGCAUACAAAAUGGUUAUUAACUCCUUGUAAAUUGAGGAUUCCCUUCUUUCUUCUGCGGACCAUGUCCCUUGCCUCCAAUGAUACUGCAGAUGCGCUCCCCAACCUGUGUUUGAAGUGUCUGUGGUGAGUAUGACCCAUUCUUUUGGUCGAAAUGAAAGACCUAAUAGGUAACUGUUAAUUUUCCACCAAUUCAGUUGUCUUUUUAGAGGAUCUGACAGCUUUAUCAAAGUAUCCAAGUCUUCCUCUUUCUUGGACCACUUUUGUAAGAAUCUCCCACUGCAAAGGCCUUGAUUCUGCCCUGGACCAUUUUAUCACUGGGAUAGUGGUGUAACCGCAGCCGGUUCCCCUAUUUACCACUAUAAAUCUUAAAGCAUAGAACUUAGCAGGGCUAACCAUACAGUUAUCUUAGCCAUAAUAUUAUAUAGUCUGUAAGAGAUCCUCUAUUUAAAAUAUACAAAUAAUUGAGAAUACAAUAUAAAAUAAGGAUUGGUUUGGAAACAAUAACAUUUUCUCUUUAGAUAUUUUAUUAAAUAAAAAUAUAAAUAUAGACAUAUAAAACCCAAUACAAUAGUUUAUAGCAGAGUUUAUAAGAUUAAACUAUAUGCAGCGUUUCUGACUCCAAAUCUCUCCCCUGUGUCAUAACAUUGAAAGUACACAUUGUGACGAAAUGAACCUCAUCACGGGUUCUUGGAGGGGCCUGCUGGCCAGCCUCUUGCCUCUGGACUAUGGGUCCUGCAAUAUUCCUUGCCCAAUGCACUUGAAAAGGCUCUGUUCAUUUGAGUUAUGUAGUAUUGUACUCCAGACAGAGAGACCGACCGUUAGCCCUGAUUCCCUGAAACUGUUUUGGGCACAGGACCAUGUGCACGGUCGGUCAAAAAUAAGACUUACAGGAAAUUCCUGAACCCCUGAACUGAUCUGGGUGAUUUUUGGAUAUGUUGGUCACCCGGAUCAGGGCCUUCAUGGGAUGUAACUUUUGUGGGGGCUGUAUGUUUUAAGGUAUUUUGGGGGGGUUUGUAAAAAUGUAUGUUUAUUUUCCUGUGCUUGGAGAUAAUUGGAUUAGAUCAGUACAGUUCCUGAUCCAAUUAUCUCCCAGGCACAGAGGAGGGAUUAUCUGAUUUAUGUUUGGGAAUGUCCUGGAGAGCCAAUGUGAUUGUGUUAUACUCUCAGGUCCAGAGGGGAGGGCCCCUUGCAUUGGAACUGUCAUAAAAGGCCAGUUGUGGCUACCAUUAAACUGAGAUUCAUUUUACCCCUUCAUGAAGUCUUGGCUCAUGUUUGGGGGAUUGGAGAGCUAUAUUUACUCUGGGGAUUGCUAUAAUCACUAUACUCCCUUGGAUCACAAUGAUUGCUCUUGUAAAAGCAGCCUGCUUUGCUCUCUGGCAGGGCCGGACUGUGGAUUCCAAAGCAGCCCUGGAAAAAAAAUCUAUGCCAGCCCCAUAAGUCAUUGCGCCAUAUAUUGUCGCAUGUAAUAUGUAAGGCUAUGUCUUGCAACCCUAGAUGAUUCAGAUAUAUAUAUAUAUAUAUAUAUAUAUAUAUCUCCAAACGGAUCUUGCACUCCACCAAUUCAAUAUUCAAUGCCCGGUGCUUGUCAGCCAAAAAUGCUAAAAUAUUGCCAGAGAUAGCACUCCAAGGACUAAUAUAAAAUAUAACUUUUAUUACCUCCACUAAAACAACACAAGGUCAACGUUUCAGCUUGAUCCCCUCAAGCUUUCGUCAGGACAUCUGUGAGUGUCUGUGUCAGCAAUGUGUGUCUGUGUCAUUGUUUGUGUCUCUUAGUCAUGGUGUGUGUGUCACUGUCUGUCAUGGUGUGUGUGUGUGUGUGAUUGUGUGUCUCUGUGUCAUGUUGUGUGUGUCACUGUCUGUCAUGGUGUGUGCGUCUGUCUGUGUCAUGGUGUGUGUGUCUAUGUCAUGGGGUGUGUGUGUGUGUGUCUGUCAUGUAAUGUGUGUCUGUGUCACGGUCUGUGUGUGUCAUGGUGUGUGUGGGUGUGUCUGUCUGUCACGGUGUGUGUGUGUGUGUCUGUGUCACGGUCUCUCUGUGUCGUGGUGUGUGUGUCUGUGUGUCACGGUCUGUCUGUGUUAUGGUGUGUGUGUGUGUGUGUCUUUUUAAGGUGUGUGUCUGUCAUGGUGUGUGUGUCUGUCUGUGUCAUGGUGUGUCUGUCUGUCAUGGUGUGUGUGUGUGUAUGUGUGUUUUUACUCACUUUUUUUUUCUCCACGUCAUGCUGGUCUCCCCUCUCCUGGCCCUGCCUGUACGGCUGAAAUCAUCAAGCUUGAUGAUCUCAGCCAAUCCGCACUGACACAGGAAGCACCUCUAGUGACCGUCUGAGUGUCUGUCACUAGGAAGCAAUGUAAACACUGCCUUUUCUCUUAAAAGUCAGUGUUUACAUUGAAAACACAUACCAUGACAGACACACACCAUGACACAGAUAGACCGUGACACAGACUGAAACACACACACACACCAUGACAGACAGACACACCAUGACAAAGACAGACACACACACACACACCAUGACAGACACACACCUUAAAAAAGACACACACACCUUGACACACACACACACACACACCAUAACACAGACAGACCGUGACACACACACACACAGUGACACAGACACACACAUUACAUGACACAGACAAACACCAUGACACACACAGACCGUGACACACAGACACACACACACACCAUGACACAGACAGACCGUGACACAGACAGACACACACACACACCAUGACACAGACAGACCGUGACACAGACACACACACCGUGACAGACAGACACACAUUACAUGACACAGACAAACACACACACACACCAUUACACACACAGACCGUGACACAGACACACACAUUACAUGACAGACACACACCAUGACACAGACAGACCGUGACACAGACUGAAACACACACACACACACACCAUGACAGACAGACACACCAUGACAAAGACACACACACACACCAUGACAGACACACACCUGAAAAAAGACACACACACCUUGACACACACACACACACACACCAUAACACAGACAGACCGUGACACACACAUUACAUGACACAGACAAACACACACACACACACCAUGACACACACAGACCAUGACACACACACACCGUGACAGACAGACAAACAUUACAUGACACAGACAAACACACACACACACCAUUACACACAAAGACCGUGACACAGACACACACAUUACAUGAGACACACACACACACCAUGACAUAGACACACAUUGCAUGACACAGACAGACGCACACACCAUGACAGACAGUGACACACACACCAUGACAGACAGUGACACACACACCAUGACUAAGAGACACAAUGACACAGACACACUCACACACCAUGACACACACAGACAGACACACACACACACACCAAGACAGACAGACACAGACACACACACAUACACAAUUUCUACCUGUGGGGAGCUCUUCUGGCGGCCGCAGAGGGAGCUCCUUUGGCGGCCGCAUGGUUUGCUGGCUGUUCUUGCGGCCGCAGGGGGAGCUGGCUGUUGUGUCUCUGCUCCCCCUCCCCUGCGCGCCGCUUAAUGAGACCGGGGCCGGAAUAUGACGUCAUAUUCCGGCCCCGGUCUCAUUAAGCGGCGCACAGGGGAGGGGGAGCAGAGACACAACAGCCAGCUCCCCCUGCGGCCGCAAGAACAGCCAGCAAACCAUGCGGCCGCCAAAGGAGCUCCCUCUGUGGCCGCAGGUGAGCCAGUUGGCUGCCCGGCCCCAGGUGCCGACGGCCCACCGGGAAAUUUCCCGGUAUCCCGGUGGGCCAGUCCGGCCCUGCUCUCUGGUAAAGGAGAGGUCUACCCACUGGAAGCUGGAUCCUAGUCUUGGGUCCUUUAAGUCCAGAGACUUUUCCAAUAGAUAUAGUAGUCUUUUUAGACAACUGAGCAACCUGUACAUCGACUGGUAAAUCAUCCCACUUGUCUUCUCCUUGUAUUUUAAACAUGCUGUCUAAAUGCCUGUUUUUUUCCACUCCUUGUACAUAAGCUCCGGAAUCUGCUGUUGAACUGGUAGGGCUAUUUUACUCGACUUUUCUGAUACCUCUUCAGAGAAGGCAAAAUUAACUUCCUUAAUACAUUUUCUUAGUUCUUGUUGUGGGAAACCAAUUUCCGUUAUUGAAGAAUCGCUAGACGUUUCUGAAUAGGAAGACAUAGAACAUUCGCCUGAAGACAGCUCUGAUAUAGAUGAUCUCUUCCGUUUUUGCCUAUGUUUAAAUGGUGCUUUAACAGGUGUUGUAACAUUUGACUUAGCGGUUUCUUUGAAUUAAUUAAAUGUUUGAGCCAGAUUGUUUGGAAACCAAGAUUAAAAUGAUUUCAUGUCCUGUUGCUUGGACUUUUCCAGCGUUCAGGACGAACACUGAUGGCAGAUCCUUUUUUUUGUACCAUCUGGUAGUGAUGUGGAACAUUCGCUACAACUCACAUGUUUCAAUUUAUAGUUGGCUUUUUUUUUUUUAGGUAUUGGAGAAGUCAUUUUGUCUUCAUCCAUAAUAUCUGGAGAGACAGGACUAGACCUAUCUGCAACACUUAACGACAAUACAAAAUUGUUUCAAAGAUAAGCCAAAUAAAAUGAACAUAGAGAUCUUAAAGAUUUGAGACUGAAAAAUUCUCCUCUCUAAAACCUCUGACCCAAAGGGGGGGCUGGUGACACGGGAGAUCCUUCUCCGCAGGUUGAAGACAGGCCACUCAGCUCUCCUCCCGGGAUUCUAUCAGGCCUGUCAGCAACCCAUGUGCCUCACCAAAACGUUCCAGAUGCUGUUUGUUCCUGAUGGAACACGAAAGAGACAUCACUGCUUAGUGUGUGUUGUUCUGUGGGUGCAGGGAAAGGUAGAUUUUACUGAUUUGAAGCUGUCACUUGCAGGCUGCUGCCAUCUCCAUCCAGGGAACACUCUGCAACUACUGGUGUUUCACCUGCCAGAAGACUUCAUCAGUGCUGUACUAUCAUGCAUGCAUCUCAUGACUACAACACUGAUACCUAUGCAGGAGACUGGGAGCCUCAACAGUCAUCAGUGGCAGCUGGUGGAAUUGACAAAAGUUCCUUCUUUCUCUUGUGAUGUAUUUUGACUGACUUGAAAUCUCAGUGAAAUUCCAACACGGAAAUUGUGAAUAAUUCAUAAAGAUUUUAUCUUUAUGACAUACUCAACUUUGAGAGAGCCGCUUUAAAGAAAAGACCCAGAGCAGACUCAUGGGGUAUUUCAUUUGAGCUAUUAACAAAUUCUUUCUGAACACUACUAUAUGUAAUACUUUCUGAACACAAUAAUAUGUUCAAUUUAAGGACAAGCAUUUUCAUCUAAACCAAUUGAUCUUUAUCUGUACAAAAAAACAGGUUGCGCCAAAAUGUGUAAAACAAUAGAAUAAAUAUAUUAAAAAUUCCAAAUAUUCAGUCAAAUAUCGCAAACCCAGCUGUUUCUAGAUUCUUUGGGAAUGUUGGAUCUUGAUUAAGGUGCUUGCAAAUAUAUGUAGGGAGACACAAACUGACAAAUAAUAGUGCAGACUGUUUUGGCACAAAAAUAAGACUCACAACAGUAGUAUAUGAUGUAGCACUCACAUGUUAUGGAGCUUAAACUAGCUCUAAGUAAGAUUGCCUGCAGCGGUACAAUCCCCACUGAUGGAUAUAACAUAUGAGGCGAAUAUCUCAAUGUCAAAUGCCUUGGCAAAAUCGAAGUAUAUCACAUCAGCUAGAACACUGAUUUAAACUUCUAUUGACUUCUUCACGGAAUGCAAUUGACAGGGCCCUCUAAACAAACUCUACCAUUUAGGAACGGUUUGACAUAAACAGGGGUAUUGCCUGUUGCCUUGAGUCUUACCCCUUCUCAUCCUCUAGUCGAUAAUAGGCAACUAACACUAUAGCACUGUCAUCGUUUAUUUAGUCUCUACUGGUUGGCGUUGGUUGAUUGCAAUGGGAUAACCCACCCCCAGCACUCUGCAGACACCAAGGAUGUAAGGAGGUUAAUGGAAAUGAGCUAGUGACCAUGAGAGGUGGAAUUGGCCUUGUGAGCAUGAGAGGUGGAAGUUAAGGAAUAGGCAGGUGAAGAAUGGGCUAUGAAGAGGACUUAUUAAUUGGGCUGGGGACUGGGUAUGCAAAUACAUACUUUCACACACUAACCCUUCACACAAACCCGUGCAUUUACACACUGAGCCUCUUCACACAUAUGCCACUGCAUAUUCACACACAGGCGCUGCAUCAAAAAUCUACUCCAUAAUUUACACACUCACAGGGAGUAACAAAGAUGGCUGCUUCUGAAAUGUUAGUUCCAAAUAAUGCUACUUUUCUAUGGGAACUAGCAGGACAUUUUGACAUUUCUUUGCAUGAACUGAAAUAUUGUCUCCAUGCAUGUCUUUUUAUUUAGAUUGAUUUAUUAAAACAAAGUGAAAACCUACAGCAUGGCUUGUUUUAAAAUCGAAAUCUAAGCUGCUUAGUGUGCUUAUAUGGCCGUAAUGGGUACUAUCAAAAUUUAAUUAAUACACCCAAGAGUCCCGUAAUGGAUUAAAGCAGCUGCUUGUAAUUUGCAUGCCAAAUAAAGUAAAAGAUAACAAUAAUUCCAGCAUCUUUAUGCAUCACUAUUCCUUUUUCCGAUAUAUGACUUUUACUACCUGAGGUUCUUUAACGAAUAACCUAUUCAGUGCCAACGAAUGUGAGCAGAAAAGGGCAUACAAAGUGUUAAUAAAAUUCUCUGUCAGCUGUAAAACACAACAUGCAAAAUAAUGUAAGUAUUGGGGACAUACCAAUGAAGUGGUCAUGGUACUUGGAGUAGCCUUUUUUAUUGCUAUGUAUUGUCUUUAUAUUUCUUCAUAAUCGAAACACUUGGUUUUCUACCAGUUAUAAUGUUUUGGUUUGUGAUUUUUUUUUUAUUUAUUUUUUUUUCUCACCAGGAUACAUUAAAGGAACUGGGAUAUGAUUAUGUACAACAAAACAAAAAUUGUGUCCUUUAAACUAGAGGAGGCUUGUAGAGACAUUUUUUGUGGUUUAGUAGUUAUGAUGCCAGGAGGGCCCUGGCACCACCCUAUUGUAAGUAGUCAAACCAUUUUAGAACGGUUUGACUUCCAAUCUUGUGUUGAAGUGUUCAUUUAAAAAGGCUGAAUUUUACCUCAUCCUUGAAUUAUAAGGUUAUUAUAUGUAGUGAUUAGAGUAAACUCUUCAAUAGAGUAUAAGCUUGUUUUAUUUUCAUGUAUUUUGCAGUAUGAAAUCUCGUCCAUGAAGUCUCAUUUAAACUCUAGUUAUGAUUACCAGCCAGUGGAGGAAUACAUUUCUCUGCCAGAAGCCCCUAGUCACUGAUCUAAUGAAUGUAAGGUUGCUGAAAAGGUCUGCUCACCUUUUGCUUCUAAACACAGGAAGUUUCAAUGGUUGAUCUAAUUCCUACAGUCAGGGAUGGGGAGCGGUGAAUGGACAUUUCACUGUCAACAGUACAUUUGCUUUCCAGAGAUUGAUGAAUAUUGCUUUGGCAGUUUUAAAUACCUUUUAUUUUGGAACUAUAUGCUUUAACUGCAUUGAUUGUAUGUGGGCAUUAUGCUCAAAUGCAGACAUUCUUUUUAAAUUCUGUUGUCUGAUUUAGUAAGCUGCACUUUGAGUAUUGCCUUCCGGUUCUUCACAAAUACCUAUAAGCAAAGUAUUUGACCAUUCGUAUUUAUAUAUUUUUGUCACAUCUAUUGUAUGCGCUAAAAUGUUUGCUUUUUUGCAUUUUGCUUUUAUACUAACAUUUUAGACAAAGUGUGAAAUAUUGUAUGAUGAAGGACACUGUAUACGAUCUAAUGCUUUUCAUUUCCAAAACAUUGUUACAAAGGAUGAAUGUAAAAUAAAAAUUGUGUAAAUGUACAUAAUUAAAAUGUUUAAGUUUGUCUGCAAAGCAAUUAUACACAAAAUUGUGGUGUUUAUUUUUUUAUAUGCUAUCUAUGCAUCACUUGGUUCAAAUACAUCUUAUGCUAAUCCUUUUUAAAUAAAAAAAAAGUGCUCAGUAGAGAAGGGCUUACAGAAAAAGAAUUGAACUUUUUAAAAUGAACACCUAGCAGGGAUACUUACCAAAGUGAGAAUUCAGUGAAUUUCAAAUUGAAGACUAUAGUAGCAGAGCUGAUAGAAUAGUUGAUAUAUUGUAUUCUUCUUCUUUCUGAAUCCCAACUUGUGAGAUGCACUGGAAACAAAAUUUCUCUUGAGUACCCAAUAUUUUUCGUGUGAUUGUGUUUAGUAUUUCCCUAAUCAUGCAUUUUCAGAAUAAUAAAAAUAUAGACUAAAUUGUAGAGUUAUUUGUAGGAGCGAUUUAGUAAUGUAUUCAUUUGUAAUUUGUACCAUUUUUAUUGUUCUUUCAGAGAGCUAUCACAUACCUCUUUCCAUCUGGCUUAUUUGACAAGAGAGCACGUCCAACAAUGAAGGUGUGGUAUACAUUAUAUUUUAUAUAUAGGGAAACCAUUGGGGUAUCUGAAAAAUAAAAUAUAUUUUUUUUGUACAUCAGCACAUCUGCAGGGAGGUGUUUCUUAGCUAGUUCUGAUCAGCAUAUAGCUCAGGCAACACUCUGAUGUGUGAUAUUGCAUAUUGGCAGAUGGACUGUUUUAUUUUUAUUUUGAAGAUCAUGUACAUAAUUUACUCAAUGAGACUGCUUUCUGAAACCAUUCUAAGGACAUUACAGAAUGUUAAUUUGUUUGCUCACACAUGUAUAACUUCGGGCAUGCUGGGCAUAGUGCAUUAUCAGAGAAGUCAAAAGGCUGUUCCCUUCACAAUGGAAAUACUUGGUGCAAAGAUAGUUGACACAUACCAAAAAUAAGAGAUGAUUUAGUAUUUUAUAAUGCAUUUUGGUGCACCAUUAGAUCUAUCAUAUGAGCUGCUUAUUGUAGCUGGGGUUUUUUUUUUUUUUUUAACACUUAUUCAGCCAAAUACCCCACUCCAACACAUUUCUAAUAAGCACGUUUUUCAAUUAAGUUGAUUCAUACUAUAAACAUCUGUGAGUCUUGUGCAUCAACACUGUAUGCAUUAAAUGCCUAUUUAUAAAUCACUUUUAACAUUUUCAAAAGUAAAGGUUAAUGUUUUUGGACUCCAUUGCAAAGAUUCCUUCUCCUAGCAUUUGUAUAAAUAUGUAGUGUCCUGCAUGCAUUUGUAGGCUGAAUGGUUUAAAGAUGAACAUUGCUAAUGUAAAGAUGUAUGUUAUACACUGAACAAAAUUAUAAACGCAACACUUUUGUUUUUGCCACAAUUUUUUCAUGAGCUGAACUCAAAGAUCUAAGACUUUUUCUAUAUACACAAACAAAAGGCCCUUUUCUCAAAUAUUGUUCACAAAUCUGUCUAAAUCUGUGUUAGUGAGCACUUCUCCUUUGCCGAGUUAAUCCAUCCACCUUUCAGGUGUGGCAUAUCAAGAUCCUGAUUAGAAAGUAUGAUUAUUGCACAGGUGUACCUUAGGCUGGCCACAAUAAAAGGACACUCUAAAAUGUGCAGUUUUAUCACUCAGCGCAAUUCCACAGAUGUCGCAGGUUUUGAGGGAGCAUGCAAUUGGCAUGCUGACUGCAGGAAUGUCCACCAAAGCUGUUGCCCGUGAAUUGAAUGUUCGUUUCUCUACCAUAAACCAUCUCCAGGCGUUUCAGAGAAUUUGGCAGUACAUCCAACCAGUCUCACAACCGCAGAUCUCGUGUAACCACACCAGCCUAGGACCUCCACAUCCAGCAUCUUUACCUCCGAGAUCUUCUGAGACCAGUCACCCGGAGAAGACUUGGUUUGCAUACCCAAAGAAUUUCUACACACAUUUACAGAAACAGUCUCAGGGCAGCUCAUCUGCAUGAGAUACCGUGACAAGAUCCCGAGGCCCAUUGUUGUGCCAUUCAACCACGACCAUCACCAGUAUGAUCAUGCACAGCCCCAUGUUGCAAGGAUCUGUACACAAUUCCUGGAAGCUGAAAACAUCCCAGUUCUUGCAUGGCCAGCAUACUCACCGGAAAUGUCACCCAUUGAGCAUGUUUGGGAUGUUCUGGAUUGUCAUAUACGACAGCGUGUUCCAAGUCCUGACAAUAUCAAGCAACUUUGCACAGCCGUUGAAGAGGAGUGGACCAACAUUCCACAGGCCACAAUCAACAACCUGAUCAACCCUAUGCGAAGGAGAUGUGUUGCACUGCGUGACAUAAAUGGUGGGCACACCAGAUUCUGACUGGUUUUUGCACAUUUUAGAGUGGCCUUUUUAUUGUGGCCAGCCUAAGGCACACCUGUGCAAUAAUCAUGCUGUCUAAUCAGCAUCUUGAUAUGCCACACCUGUGAGGUGGAUAGAUUAUCUCGGCAAAGGAGAAGUGCUCACUAACAGAUUUAGACAGAUUUGUGAACAAUAUUUGAGAGAAAUAGGCCUUUUGUGUACAUAGAGAAAGUCUUAGAUCUUGGAGUUCAGCUCAUGAAAAAUGGGGGCAAAAACAAGUGUUGCGUUUGUAAUUUUGUUCAGUGUAGAUAUAUUGUGAAGAGAGUUUCCAUCACGUGGUAGGUAACUUGUAAAAUCUCUUCCCAUAGCUUGGCUUGCAAUACUGUGAAUAGGCUGAUUGCAGUCAUAGGAUGACUAUCUAUUUAUUCAGGAGUUACUCAUUCUGUGUAAUAAGUGGAACUGCAUCUGGGACUGAAAUCAUAUCGCAUCAAAUCCGCUGGACUGGUGUUUCUUUGAUUAAAAUAAAAGACCAGUAUGAGAAGCUGCUGAUUGAUGCAAGUGAUGCAGUUUUAGAAAUUUGUAUUAUUUGUGUGUCACUUGUAUAAUGUAUAUAAAGAUGUAAAUUUUGCUUAUAGUAAAAUACUCAAUGCGAGCAUCUAUAUUUGGGCUGUAUCACCUUCACGCAGGCCUGUCUUAAAGCCAAAGUUGUACCAAAGAUCCAUCAAGGUCUAUCAAGCUUGAUAAAGGCCAGAUAUUAGCCGAAACGUUGCUCUGUACACAUUGUACUCUACAUUAUGUCCUCUGUUCUUCAGUGACACUUUUUAGGACACUGUAGGCAUUUUAUUUUGAAAUGUGCCUCAGAGACAAAUGUUCUGUAUGUAGAGUGUUCUGCUUCUAUACAUACUCUAAUAAAAUGCACGUUUUUUUCUUAUUGUUCUAUAGCAUCCGGAGGAACUUUUCCCCAAGCGCAGAGGUGAGAUUGAUUUUAAUUAAAAAAAAAAUUUUGUUUUUUCCUCCCCAAAAAAUAAGUUAAAAGUGCAGUGUUAUGCAUCUUGGGGGGUUUGGUUGUAUGUUGUCGAAAAAAUUCAUAAAUAAAAUAAAAAUAUUUAGUUAAAAAAAAGCUUUGUGACAUUUUGUUUCUCCUUUAUAGAGUGUACAUGAGUGCAGUAAAUCGUAACACAGUCUUAAACUGCACAAAUAGCCCAUUAUUCACAAAUUUCCCAACUCUAUUCCAGUGGGGAUGCUGGACUGUUAGUGUGCCAUAAGGACUGGAUGGGUAACCAUGGUGUUAUUCCAUAGGGACGACUGAGCAUCACUGACUGCUGACUUAUUCCACCAAAUGUUAUUAUUUAUCUUUCCAAAAUAACUGAUUUUCACUGCAAAAUAUGUUUAUGUUCCUUUAACAUUAAAAUUAUAUUUACUUUUAAUGUCUGUAUUCCUGUGUUUAGAUCAGGGCUCCAAAUAUCCACUUACCCAAUAGCCAUUGAUGAGUAAACAUUCAGCCCUGGUGAGUAGAAAUUCACUCUCCAGCUUGCAGUGCUGGGUAACAUUUAGGCCUGCCUAGUAGCAUAGAUCAUGCAAUGUUGAUCCCUGCAUUUAUUAUUAAUGAUGAAGUGCCUCUAGUGACUUUCAGUCUGACAGCCACUAGAGUCAUAUUUUCAGAGAAAUAUCUCAAAAACCACAAAGUUUACAUUGUAAGAUAAACUGACGGCAUUUAUGCUUAAUUAAAACCACUACAUUUAAGAUGUUUCUUUAAUUCCUACACUUAGGACAGGACAUGACUUUAUUAUGGGUACAGGCUAAGCCCAUGUCCUCAGCACUUUUUUGUCCAGUGUGUAUCUUCAUGUGCAGAUAUCCAUAACAUUAAAUAUAUGCAAUGUACACUAUAAAUAUGGUGUUACAAAAUUAAUUGUGAAAUAGGCUGAUCUACACAACUUUAAUAUAACACCACUGAUAUUAACAAAAACUGUGCUUUGUUUCCAUAGCAAUUCAGUGGGGAGAAGAUGGACGUCCACUUCACUUUCUGUUUUAUACUGGCAAGCAAUCCUAUUACUCUUUAAUGCACGUGAGUUACAUACAACCAUUAUGAUUAUCCAAACCAGCAGCAUAGGAAUAUAGCUAUUAUUUUUAAUCUAUAAAUAUGCAUGCAAAUCGAUAAUCUCUAUGUUUUAUGGGACAAACACAGUUUCUGUAGUGAAUAGGGAAUGAUGUACAUCAUAUAUAACUGUUAUUCUGUGUCCUGUUGUGGGUUCUUGUAUUUGACCAGUAGAUGCCAGGUUACAUAUGUGCACAGUUAAUCUCUUGCUGCCUACCAUGUAUUGAAUUAUUGCUGCACCUAGCUGAUGUAUUUUAGUAUUAAGUACACAGUGUAGAUAGAAAAAUGACUCUUGUGCAUCACCUGUAUAUCUCAAGUUGGAUUUGGGCAAGUCCCCCCAUGGCAAAGAAACUGAGAGAAAUCAUGUUUCCACAACUAUCCCAGAAUUCCCUGUUUGACAUGUAAAUAUGCACAGACGGGCAUGAUGUUUCAGACUUUACCCUGCAUGUCUGCAGUUACCCAUAGCAACAGAUACUGCUUUAACCCCUUAAGGACACAUGACAUGUGUGACAUGUCAUGAUCCCCUUUUAUUCCAGAAGUUUGGUCCUUAAGGGGUUAAACUAGAAACUUUCUUGUGACUGGUCCCUUUGGAUCUUAAAGCUGUGCUUAAAGCAGUGUCCACUGCUAAUGGUGCCAGCAAAAAUGCAGAGUGAAAUCUGUAACACGAUGUUUGCAUGCUCUCAUUUGUAUGUCAAGGUGGGAAUUCUGGGGUCGUGGAAACAUGAUUUAUAUAAAUUUCUUUCACUCGUGUGCUUUUUUAAUUGGAUAAACAAUAUUUUACAAUGAAAAUGAAGAAAACAUAGGAAAAGGUAAUUGUAUUAACCUGAUUAGAGCUAACUGAUGGUGGGGAAGACCAAUCUAUAUUUGGAGGUUAGGCUCAUUGCAAGCAGUUUGUGAAAAUUGCUUUAUGUAGGAAGGGGAGAAAGAGGGUGGGCGUUACAGAGUUGCCAUCUUUACAAUGUCUGAAAUUGGGUCUGUGGGCAUUGUCUGUGACUGUGCUUGCACGUGACAGCAAUUGACUUCUCCGACACAGUCUGUACACACAAAGAGAGCGCAUCAGCCCAGAGGCCAUAUUGUGUAUCACACAGCACUGCCAUCUAACUUGGUAGGUCUGGUGCUAUUUAUGAAUAAUAGAAUGAUGGUUGAGUAAGUAGUGACUAAGAAGUAGUUAUAGAUAGAAAAUAAAUCACCUUGUUUAACCAAUCAACUUGAAAGAUUAAAAAUGAAGUAUGAGAGGUAAAUACAAUGGCAAAUGGUCAGGUGGUGGUGCCAGCUCCACCAAGGGCUUGUACCCUGAUAGAUUAAUAAACUGAAAAAUAGAAAUGAUCUCCAAGAGUAAGGAGAUCUAAAGCUGGCAAAAACGUAAAUAGACAACGGUAGUAGAAUGAUACCUAAGGACUCUUUGUAGUUAUAGUAUAGUUAUCAGUGGGGGAACAUGGACAACGUUUGAUUGUAUUAACUAGUGCCCUUAUGGAACAAAGUAAAAUUGUUGACAUAUGUCUUUAUUGGAUCCUUACUAAGUAACAGAGGAACACUAACCUCGCUCCCCCUUCAUGGCCAAAAAUGGUACUUAAAUUUACCUUUAUUGGUCUUGCCAAGGGCAGCUGGAAAAAUUCCCUCCAAAUCUAUGGAUGUAGGCAGAGAGUGAAAAUCUAAAGGGAGGCUGUCCUAGUAUAUACAGAGACAAGAUGAUACAAAGUGAUAAAUAUACUAUAAACAGACUGCCACCCCUUCUCAUCAUUUGUUCCCAAAGGUGCUGGGCUGGUGAGUGGAUAGUGAUAAUCCUAAAGAAAGGCUCUCUAAACCAAUCCUCUUUUCUAACCCUUAAUCUCCUCCAACACCUUCGUGGGUGUUCAAAGCUAAACUCACUCUAAGCGAUUGAAACUGCCUAGUCUGCCAUAGCCAUAACUAACAAGAGCCAACACUAUAAAAAACUAAGAAUGGGUCUAAAUACCCAUAUUGUGCAGUGAAAUAUCCCUAAUAUAAACUGUGAAGUGAAAAGAAACAAACGAGCUAACGCCCGACGCGCGUUUCGGUGUAUGGGAACACCUUCGUCAGGGGAUAAGAAUUGUCAACUGAGAGAACCGGGACUUUUAAAUGUAUGAUAACCAAUCAAAUGUGGGAUCCCCCUAUCGUCGUCAGUUACGCACGAGAUUAGUCCAGCGUCACUGAUGACGCGCCGUCCCACGUGACGGUGGGUGGUAACAUGAGAGGGAUUCCUCUAUUAACAUGCCGUCCCACGUGACGAUGGUAGGUAACAUGGGAGGGAUUCCUCUAUUGACAUACCGUCCCACGUGACGAUGAAUGGUAACGAGGGAGGGAUUCAUCUAUUGACGUCAUAUAAUUGACAGGACUGCCUGUCAAUAUUAGCUGUUCUCAGGCUGAUGUAGAUAUGGUCAAUAUUAAAAUAAUAUGAGGUUAGUUUAAAAGAAUGAAUGUUAGAUAUGAUAUAUCCUCUUCUUUAGUGGAUUUCUUGAGCAAUGUGUAUUAUACAAUCUAACCCAUAGUGGUGCCAUUAUUGUUAAUUUAAUGCGCACCCCUCUCAUAAUUUGUAAUACCUAUAUUAGAUUACUUAAUAUUAUAUGUGAUGCAUUCUGACACUUGAUAAUGAAUUAAUCAAUAGUUGGAAGUAUUUUUAUACAAUUAAAGUGAUGACAUAGUCACUAAAUUAGAAUUGCCUCCAUUCAUUAAAAGGUAUAUAUCAAGUAUUUAAAAAUUACCAGUAUGAAUUUAGAAAAAUAUAUACAGUUUUAAGGUAACAUAUUUUAAUACCAAAUCUGGGGCAAUUAAGGUGACCAUGUGAUCAUACAAUUGAUAUUGCCUCCAUAUGUUAUAUAGAGGUAUUUCUAAUAAUGGUAAAGAGAAGAGGGAUACAAUUUAUUGGGAUGACAUCUUUUAUAUUAAGCCUAUGGGUUACUCAACUUAGAAUAAUGUAUGCUAUAGUCCUUCCAGGUAUGUAUCCAUAACUCAAUACAUAACUGAAAAAUUGGACUAUCAAAGCUGUGAAUCUAUGAAAAAGAGUCUCCUAAAUUCAGGAGCUAAAUUAUAAUUACACACUGUUCUUCGAGUGUUCCAUAAUAAGGCCUGUAGUGGCUACAUUGUUAUUCAUCCUAUUUGUUAUACAUUAAGUAAAAUUUAAUUGGUUAUUUAUUUAGAAUGUUUAGAUGUGCUCAGUGUAUUUAGUGUUUAAUAUAUAUGAAAUAAUUAUUUACAGUACGUUCCACUAAUUUACUUGUCAAUAUUUACAUCAAGAGAUCAUGUAAUGAAUGGGGAAUAGGUGAAUCCCUCAUUCAGUCCGUUUGGGGACAAAGUCUGUAGUUGAUAGAUCCAGUAGCACUCCCUCCUCCUAAUGCGUUGAGCACAGUUAUCCCAGUUAGAACUUAUAAGACAGGACCAAAGGAAGGGUAACUGGGAUCAACGCAUUAGGAGGAGGGAGUGCUACUGGAUCUAUCAACUACAGACUUUGUCCCCAAACGGACUGAAUGAGGGAUUCACCUAUUCGCCAUUCGUUACAUGAUCUCUUGAUGUAAAUAUUGACAACAAGUAAAUCAGUGGAACGUACUGUAAAUAAUUAUUUCAUAUAUAUUAUACACUAAAUACACUGAGCACAUUUAAACAUUCUAAAUAAAUAACCAAUUCAAUUUUACUUAAUGUAUAACAAAUAGGAUGAAUGACAAUGUAGCCACUACAGGCCUUAUUAUGGAACACUCGAAGAACAGUGUGUAAUUAUAAUUUAGCUCCUGAAUUUAGGAGACUCUUUUUCAUAGAUUCACAGCUUUGAUAGUCCAAUUUUUCAGUUAUGUAUUGAGUUAUGGAUACAUACCUGGAAGGACUAUAGCAUACAUUAUUCUAAGUUGAGUAACCCAUAGGCUUAAUAUAAAAGAUGUUAUCCCAAUAAAUUGUAUCCCUCUUCUCUUUACCAUUAUUAGAAAUACCUCUAUAUAACAUAUGGAGGCAAUAUCAAUUGUAUGAUCACAUGGUCACCUUAAUUGCCCCAGAUUUGGUAUUAAAAUAUGUUACCAUAAAACUGUAUAUAUUUUUCUAAAUUCAUACUGGUAAUUUUUAAAUACUUGAUAUAUACCUAUAUAAUGAAUGGAGGUAAUUCUAAUUUAGUGACUAUGUCAUCACUUUAAUUGUAUAAAAAUACUUCCAACUAUUGAUUAAUUCAUUAUCAAGUGUCAGAAUGCAUCAUAUAUAAUAUUAAGUAAUCUAAUAUAGGUAUUACAAAUUAUGAGAGGGGUGCGCUUUAAAUUAACAAUAAUGGCACCACUAUGGGUUAGAUUGUAUAAUACACAUUGCUCAAGAAAUCCACUAAAGAAGAGGAUAUCUCAUAUCUAACAUUCAUUCUUUUAAACUAACCUCCUAUUAUUUUAAUAUUGACCAUAUCUACAUCAGCCUGAGAACGGCUAAUAUUGACAGGCAGUCCUGUCAAUUAUAUGACGUCAAUAGAUGAAUCCCUCCCUCGUUACCAUUCAUCGUCACGUGGGACGGUAUGUCAAUAGAGGAAUCCCUCUCAUGUUACCACCCACCGUCACGUCGGACAGCGCGUCAUCAGUGACGCUGGACUAAUCUUGUGCGUCAUUGAUGACGAUAGGGGGAUCCCACAUUUGAUUGGUUAUCAUACAUUUAAAAGUCCCGGUUCUCUCGGUUGACAAUUCUUAGCCCCUGACGAAGGUGUUCCCAUACACCGAAACGCGCGUCGGGCGUUAGCUCGUUUGUUUCUUUUCACUUCACAGUUUAUAUUAGGGAUAUUUCACUGCACAAUAUGGGUAUUUAGACCCAUUCUUAGUUUUUUUUAUAGUGUUGGCUCUUAGUUAUGGCUAUGGCAGACUAGGCUGUUUCAAUCGCUUAGAGUGAGUUUAGCUUUGAACACCCACGAAGGUGUUGGAGGAGAUUAAGGGUUAGAAAAGAGGAUUGGUUUAGAGAGCCUUUCUUUAGGAUUAUCACUAUCCACUCACCAGCCCAGCACCUUUGGGAACAAAUGAUGAGAAGGGGUGGCAGUCUGUUUAUAGUAUAUUUAUCACUUUGUAUCAUCUUGUCUCUGUAUAUACUAGGACAGCCUCCCUUUAGAUUUUCACUCUCUGCCUACAUCCAUAGAUUUGGAGGGAAUUUUUCUCGCUGCCCUUGGCAAUAUCAAUAAAAGUAAAUUUAAGUACCAUUUUUGGCCAUGAAGGGGGAGCGAGAUUAGUGUUCCUCUGUUACUUAGUAAGGAUCCAAUAAAGACAUAUGUCAACAAUUUUACUUUGUUCCAUAAGGGCACUAGUUAAUACAAUCAAACGUUGUCCAUGUUCCCCCACUGAUAAAUAUACUAUAACUACAAAGAGUCCUUAGGUAUCAUUCUACUACCGUUGUCUAUUUAUGUUUUUGCCAGCUUUAGAUCUCCUUACUCUUGGAGGUCAUUUCUAUUUUUCAGUGACUAAGAAGUAGCUUACUAAAUUAAAUGAUGGCAAGGGCUGGUUUGCAUUAUUCUGGAUGACAUGGGCUAAGCGGCGAUGGCAAACCUAUGGCACGCUUGCCACAGCUGGCACGACUUUCAAGCCAUAUGUUUGCGAUCUCCUGGAUACUGCUAUGUACUUGUUUGUAGCUAUUGCUGUCCACACAGUGCAUGAGCUGGGACUUACUGAAAUUUCCAUUCAGGCUGAUGGGCUCUCUGACGUCUCCCCAUCCAGCGAAAUUAUCACCACUAUGAAAAGGGGACUGCACAGCACUCCCCCCGCGCACACACAGUCAGAGAAGCUGAGAGGCUCCCAGUCUGCUUACAGCACUGUAAAUUGGAGGGGUUUUAUUUAAAGUGAAAUUUGGAGAUAAUCUGUGGCGUAACGUGGGGAUCUGUUUUGGGCAAGAAGUAGCCUUUGCUUUCAGGCAAAUGUGGGGAUUUUUUGUGUAAACAGGAAGGGAAAUAAUGGGUUCAUCCGACACUGUGUGUGUAUUUGUAGUAGCUUGUGUAGAUCCAAGUAGAAAAACACCUAGUAGGAAGUACAACUGCUAAUUAAACCUUCCACAAUACACUAGCUGCAAGGAUAUGAAGGCAAACCACCUUAGUAAAACCUAUGUUUGCUAUAUUGUUUGAUAUCAUUGGCAGAAAACCAUUUGCCAUGGUUUAAAAUUUGCCUCACCUUAGGACUCCGAGCUGCUGGUGAUCUGUGCCCCUGAAUGAUUAAUUUGCUGGAUACUCCCAUCUCUAUUUUUGUAUUAUUCUCUUGUGUUAAAACAUCAUUAAAGCUAGGCGAGUACUGCUUCAUACCUCCUAAAAACUAUUUGUAUCAUUGAAACCUCUUUUAUUGUGUUUUCCUUUUCAGAAAAAAAGCAGUUAAUUAGUACAGACAGCUGUGUAAUGUGUGUUCCUUAAACAAAAAUCCUUUUUUUUUUUUUUAUGUUUUUAUUUUUAUUUUUUAGGUUUAAAUGCAGCGUUGAUAUAUUGAGAUAAAUAGGUUGGUUUUGCAUUUCAGUUGGGCUCAUAAGGUUUUGCCAUCACUGGAUUAGGAUACUUUGUGGUGUAAAUACAGAGAAUUUAGUUCCUACAUUGGAAUUAGUGUAGGACCCACCGAUAUUGGGGUACUGCAAAGUAGUGAUGGGUUUUUGCAGAAAGAGGUGAUUUUAAGUAGCCUUAUAAAAAUAAAAAAAAUUAAAAAAAAAUGUUUUCUUCAUGUGUGCUCUGUUCCCUAUUUUCUUCUGUAGGAAAGUCAGUCUAUUUUGAAGGAAGUUCAAACCUUAGGGAUAUACCACAGCAUGGUUAAGCAUUCUUUUUGCUGACUGAAACCACCUGUAGCUUUACCGAUGAUUAAAAAUGAUUAUAUAUCUAGUCUUCUUUUGAGAGCAAAACUGAUUAGCAAUACAUAAAACAUACAUACUAUCUGGACAUACCACUACACAACCUGCAGCUUUCUUUUUUAAAAAGUUGAAAAUUUGCCAUCAUCACUUUCGGCACAACCUAUAUUUACAGCGUUGAGUGACAGCAUAUCUUUGGUUUCUUGGUGAUAUGUGUGGUCUGUCAAGUGAAUGUUUCUGAAUGUUUGUGGGGUCACUGACAAAGCUCAGCCAGUAGCAAGCUGACCAAAUGGAUUAUGGAAACCACUCUAAUUUCUCAAGUCUUUUAUUUUUAAUUUUUUUAUUGCAUUACUGAUUUUUGAAUAUUUUGCAAAUAUCCAGUAAUGCAGUAUAUGUAACACAUGUCCUGACAGUCUUUUAAGACCGUAAGAAAUUGUUUACGUUUUAAAUAAUUAUCUUCAUGACCACACUUUUUGCUGCAAUCCAAUAAGAGUUCCUAGCAGCCCAUUUCAUGUGUUCUGCUUGGGCUAAUGGUGACGUAUUAGCCUCAACAGCAAUGUGUGGCGGUGAUUGGCUAAGAGGGUCAGCUGACAACUUUCAGCCCAUCACUGGUAUGAAUUGGUAUGGUAUUUGAAUGGUUACUUGACUGUCUUAUUCUAAUUGUAGCAUUGAAGUCUGUAUUAAAAAGAGCAGGAUUAAUACCUUCCAUGUUUUCUUUCUAUUUUUUUAUAUAACGUUUGUGCACAUAUGAUGUGGAUACUACAUGAUAUCUACAGUUACUAGAGUUGUCAAGCUGCUCACUGUUGGAGCAGUGUUCACAUGCAUGAAUUUUGCUCCCCACAAUAAAGUAACACUGUGAUGCAUGGAUGAUGGCAUACACUUGCAGGGUUUAGUGAAUAUUCAUUUUAUGGCAUGCCACAUAUACUAGGACAACUGAAAUCUCUGGCAACCAAAGCAAUAUGAUUUGUAAGCCAUAGCACACUUGCUAGGCACAAUUAAGCAAAAAAAUUAUAGGUCAAGUGAUGUUUGCGUUGAACUGUAGGAAAUUGCAUUGGGAACUUAUGCGAGCUGUUCCCUGUCAGGAAGAUUCAGUGGAAGGUAGAGCUUUUCUGACAGACAUUCAGCAACAUUUAAAGAAAGCUACAAAUGCUCCAUCGAAUGUUGAGUGUUUUUUAGUAUGAUCUGAGAAUUUUGCUUGAUAGUCUGUUGGUAUUGAUCAGGCAGAAGAGAGAAUUUAUUUGCUGUAUCCAUCUGUAACGAUCACACCACAGUGCAAAUAGUCUGCACUGUAACAGACAUUUAGCAUCAAGUAGUUUCUGCCAUUUUAUGUUGUUAAUGUGUGUUCAUAUGUUUGUGGGGUUGUUUUUUAAAUUCUCUUUUAGUGCCUUCCAACUUGGUAAUGAAGCACUGCAAAUUACAUUUACAUAAACUUGUAUUUUUAAAUGUUAUUUCUGUGUAAUAUUGUUAUUCUGUCCCCCUUCUUCCCUGGCCGGAUAAUAUCAUUGUGUGUAUAAAUGUAUAUAUUUACAUGUCGGCUUCUGUUAUCAUUGACCUUGAGCAAAUGAGUUUCCAUGCCCUGGCAGAAAUGAAUCUGGUGAUAAAUGCAGAGUGUGCCUUUGCUGAGUAAUGGAGCCGCAGCACACUUUCCACAGAGGUUUUCUCUCCUGCUCAGCCUCCGGCAGCCUUAGGACCCCUGCUGUUCAUUUAAAUAGGUAUGUCAAAUCUGCCUGGAGACGCCGCCGGUUUGAUCUGUGGUAAUAUUUGUGAAGGUUCCAUAUGGACUUGUGCCCCCUGCAGUGCUAAGAAAUAAUGUACAACGCUUCAUGGUGCAGACGCAAAUUUCCUUAAAAAAAAAAAAAAAAAAAAAGAAAGAUGCAGUGCUGCGUUUUAGCUGUCGGAGUGGAUGAUGGAGAGGACGCGCUAGGCCUGUCAACUCGUUACACGGAUGGGUUGCACACAGCGAGGCUGUGGAAAAUCUGUGCCUUUUAACUUUUCUACUUAAUCACGGUUGUAGCAUUGCCUUUAGACUGUAUGCUACAUUAAUUCUCUUCCUGCCUUCUGCCUUUCAUCCCAACUUUCACGGCAAAAAAAAAAAAUUAGUAAAAGUCUAGCAUGCAGGUCUUGUUGAGGCCUUAUCAAACAGCUGUCAUCCUACGAGCCAUUUGCAUUUGUUUUGGCUGAAACAGAGCAACCCAAGGGCAAGAUGUGUAUGUUGCAUUUCAUCAUAAUAAAGAAAUUACACAUUUUGCAGUGUCUAAAGCGCUUUUUUUGUAAUGUUUGUGCUUCAAAACUGUUUAACCCCAACACCCCUGGAUGUUAAAUGUCAAACUAUUUUAAAUACCUCUAUAAUUUCAACUGUCCCAUAAUGAAAAUCCAUUUGCAUUAAGUAGUAUUUACUUUUUUUUUUUAAAUUUAUUUAUUUUUUAUUGCACUAGGACUGUUGAGUGAGCAUCGUAGAUGUUUAGACAGGCCAAAGUGUUUCUUUGUGUUCUUGCUUAUGGUCCAUGAAUAAGUGGAGAUUUACCAUUAUGAAGUGCUAAACUGAAAACUUCAGACGGGAUUUAGAAUCAGUCUAUCAAUGUAUUAUAAUAUAGAUAAUGCACCAAAAUGCAAAAAUAAAAACCACUUUUAAAGGGCUAUUUAUGUGCAUGUAUGUGAAACGUGUGGAUGCAGGGGAGUAUUUUGGUGACCUGGGUGUGAAUCUAAGGGUAUAUUGUAUGGCAUGUCUUUGAGUGGAUUCAGGUGUAUUAGUGUGGGGAGAAGGGUAUACAUGUGUGGCAUUUCUGUUACUAUGUAAGGAAUACUAUAGUGUUAAGUAUGCAAGUCUGUGUUCUCCUCUGCAUACAGCUUAAGAUCGUCCCUCCCACCUUCUCUAAUCUAAAUAAACAAUAAAAAAGGGGUUGCAAUUCUUCCUCCUGCCCCACAUUUCCCUCCCCAAGCACUGGGGUCCUGGACCGGACUACCUUGCAUGGUCCAAAUUGGAGGCUUUUGCUUUCUUAAUGUUUGCUGCAUUUUACACAUAUAUUUAAUAUUAUUCAUGUCAAGACUUUAUUUCAAAACUAUCAACUACAAAAUCACACAUACCGUUGAAAUGUCUAACCAAUGUGCAGCGGUUGUAAAUGCAAAGUUUUGCGGUCGUAAAGUUUUUAAUGGUUGCACUUUAAUAGCACGUCUCCACCAUAAGUUACAUUAAUGUUUUUAUUUAACAGAAAUACUAGGCAGAGUAAUUAAAUUCGCUCCACUCUCCUAUUUAUUUGCAGGGUUUGUGCUUUAAUCGAUGAGGCUAAUCACUUGUGUUGCUUUAUUUGUGCUUAUUAGAGAAUAAUCCUGCCAUGGAAUUUCUGUGCCAGAUGUAUUACUUUACUGUCAGAUUCAUGUCCAGUAGUAGCCUGUUAUUGUCUGUUUAUUAUGCUCAAUUCAGGUAAAAACAAAUCUUUUAUUGAUUGAUUUGAUAUAUAUUUUUGACUAAGUAAGGGAUUCCUACAUUUAUAGUCUCUUUGACAUUUGAUAUUGUGGCCAGUUGUCCUAGCACCAUUACCACCGUUACCAGUACUCUGUUAAUGGCAUCCUAAUGGUUAUAGUAUCUUUAUGUAUUUAGUCCCAUUUAAGUAAUGAAGUAGCAGAUAAUACCUUUUUAAGAACUAAAAUUGUUGAAAGACGAUAUGACAUUUGACAGCGGGUUGGAUUCAACAUGUGUAGAGGAACUCCAAUUCCAGUUUGUAGUGAAUUUAUAUCUAUUUUUUUUCCUUAAUAUAGAUAGAAAAACUUUUCAGAUUACUAUUUUUCUGGUGUAGUGACCACAGAAGCUGCCUUGAAAAUCUUUCUCCAUUGUUUUUCACUCUUUUGUUCCGGAUAUGUCUGCACAGUGAAAACAAUAAUCAAAUAAGGUCUAAAGUGCUUUCAGUCAACCAUAACAAAGGCAUGACCACAGAGGGACUUACAUGACCCUAAAUGGCUUCUCCAGCAAUUACGUGUGUUGUUCUACCAGGGUUAGGACAUUUGUUAUGUAGUUGCAUCCAUUUGGAAGGACCUCUGUGUUCACCCAUGGCUCUAUAAAUAAAUGUUGUCACUUAUUUAGCUCUGUUUUACAGUAUGUCUUCCAUGCAUCAGUGACUUGUGGUAGCUCAGUCUGAAGCCUAUAGAACUGCAGCUGUAAAUUCCCCAUUGUUUUUAAAUGGCCCCAUCUGAAUGCACUGUCAUGGGUAAUAUUGCUUUAUCAACUCUUCUAGUCCCCUGCCUCUGACAGCUUCUCUCGCACUGACAGAAUCAUUGUUCUUGCAUUUUCACUGGAGGAUUACAUGAAUCUGGAAAUAGCAGCCAGAGAACAGAGCUCUGCUAACUCAUUCUGGGACUGCAUAAACACACUCUUACAAUUAGUAGAAGUUUUAUUUUAUUUUAGAUGUCUGCCUUUUAGAUGUGGUACAAUAAUGUUUGUCGCAGACCCCUGUGACUCUGACAUUAUAGGGGUUAUGUGAUAACUUUAAGUUUUCACGUUUCUAAUCUGUGGUUUAUUCAGCUUCUUUGUUGACACACACAAUUGUGCAAUUUGUCUCAUUUUAACAUUUAUCAAUUUAUGGUUAGACUGCAGACGGAUAUAUACUUCAUCAUGUUGCAUUCUCCUCACUCUCAUCCUGUAAUACGUAGCAUGAAGAAGAGACUUAAUAUUUGUAUUUAUAAGAUGGGCUGGCUUGUAAAUUUAGUGCAUAUUUGACGUCUGUUGUCAAAUAGCUGGUGACAUGGCCACCCCAUCCAUGCUGCCCAAGUUCUCCCAUCAGCUACAUUUUGGGGACCUCCCUCCCCUUGUGGAGAGGGCGGAGUGACCUCACAAGAGAAGAGAACUUGUGCUCCCGGUAGAAUUGGAACUUAGUGCGCGGCUUUGUAGGAAAAUGUUACUUUUCUUUGAAAUUAUGUAUUUCUUUAUAGGGGGAGUCAUAUCAACAAAGUUUCUCCAUCCAAAGUUUUUUAUUUUUUUAUUUAACCAUUGAUUUUUGGUUGUAGAAACCCUUUAAACGUCUUGAUUUCAUGACAGUUGAGACGAUCUAGUCUUUGAUUUCUAAUAAAUAAAUGAGGAGACCUUAACUCAGAGCAGAGAGGGUGUCGGUCCACAGCAACCAGCAGACCCAGGGUUUGACUACUUACAUUGAGGUCCCAUAAUAACCACUACAGCACUUUGUAAAAUUAUAGUGUUUUUAAAGUUCCUUUAGUACGUGCACACACUCCUUUUUCUUGGACACUUGCAUAUGUUAAACCUCGGUAAACUAAAAGUAUAAAAAGGAGCCAUUUCCAGCAUGGUCUGUCCCUAUAAACCAGGGAUCUCGUGCCUGCUUUAAACUGCAAAACUAGUCUUUGUGCUGACAGUUUCCAUUCCGGUAAUUUCAUCUUCCUUAAAGUUGUUUGCCAACAAAACCCACUUUUCAGUUGGUCAAAAAUGUAAUAUUCUGCUUAUUUUCAGAAUAUUUUUUUAUUUUCCGUUAAAAAAAAAAAAAAUCCUAAAAACAGGAAGGAUUUUGCUCACUCUGACUGAUUUAGUUUGUUUUUGAGUUAAAUAAUGAUUUUCAUUAUUAUCUGGGCUCUUUGUACCUGUGAGUUACUUAUUUAUUUAUUUGGUAAAUGGCUUUCUUCCAACCAACAGUUAUUUUAAAGGGCAGCCUCACAAUGAAUGCUAAAAAAUAGGUUUCUAGUGUCCGCCACAUUAUAUUCUGUUGCAGUUUUCAUAUUGUAUUUCAUAUUGUUUUCUUGGUGCCCUGAAUAAAUAUACUGGACAAAAAAAAAACUGAAUGUAGUUGGUAUUGUGGAAUCAUGUGCAAUUUUAAUCUUUAUUUAAUCUUUUUGUUCACUAUUUUUUCAGGAAAUGUAUGGAAAACUUCUAUCAAUCCAACAGCAUGAAGAUCAAAUGCGGAAAAAAGGCUUAUUCUCUGAAAAUACUAAGCGGAUGUAAGUUGUGAAUGAUGUGCUGGGGGGUAAUUUACAUAUAUGCAAUGUCUUUGUAGAAAACACAAUCUUUCCUUGGUUGUAUUUUAAUUAAAAAUAAAUAAACUAUCCUAAAGUUGUAUAAAAAUUAUAAGUGAAUAAGUUUGAAGACCUCUAAUAUUUUAAACAUUGGAUAUAGAUGAAAAAUCCGACAUUCAUAUUUUUUUAAAGCUAUUUGUACACAGCAAAAAAGGAAAUAUAAAAAAGCUAAUCUUUUGAACAGUCUGUCACAUGAUUUCCUGAUAUCAGUGAAGCUUGAACUGCUUUUCUCAUACAAUAAUGCUUCUAUUUAUAGGAAGCAAUUGAAAUUGUGAUUUUCUGCCGCGUUUCGGUGGAUUGUCAAGUCACGCCAAUAUUAGCGAUAUCAGGUGAUGCGUCUCUAAUUGCCUGGAUAAUUAGAGAAUGCUUAAUGCUGUAUGUUUGUUUUGAACAGAGACCUGAUUGGAAGUAGAUGGAUGAUUAAAGAAGAACUGGAGGAAAAGCUAGUUGAAAAAAUGUCCGACCAAGAUGUAAGCAAUUAAUGACUUUAAUAUAUAUUUUUUAAUAUAAUAAUGGAAAAGAGAGAACAUUUUAUAGAGUGUAUGCUGCUUGAAAACCAAAUUAAAAUGUUCAUUUUUAGACUGUUUUAUUUUGAUGAAAUGCACUAAAUUCUUGCACCUAUUAUUUAGCAUGAGCUAUUUAGCGUUCCUAUAUAACCCAUGUAAUACUGGCAUCUAUUACACUUGCGCAUUUGAGCAUUAUGACUGUCUAAACUCAUGGCUAAUAAUAGGUUUAAAAAAAAGAAAAAAAAAACUCUUGUCAGCUGUAGAAGGCAUUCCUUCCAAAACUUAGUUUGUAUCUCCUUAAUGACAACUUGUGUUCUGCUCAUUACUCCUCUCUUGUGGGACCUCUGUUGGCUGUCCAAUGACACACUGACUGCCUUCUUCUGGUUUACUGGUUACAUUCAGCUUUAUCAGAUUUUGAACUACACCAGGCAGUUUUUUUAAACUCCUAAAUACUUCCCAUAAAUCUCUCCUGUGCAUGGGGCAUGUAGGAUAAACACUGUGUUCCUUUUGAAAACAAUAAAAAGUCAAUCAACCAAUGUGUGAUCUUGCACAAAUGGGUUAAUACCUGACCCAUUUACAGUGAGUUUUCAUAGGUCAAUUUAUCAUGUAAUCACUUGCUUAAGAGCAUGGGAGAAAAAAAAAAUAAUUAAAGGUGUUUAGAAAAUAAUUGAUUUGAAGAGGCUGCCUAAGAGCAAAGUGGCACUUGGGCUGUAUAAAUGGCUUGAUUGUCUCCUUGUAGAGAGAACAAUGAUACUAAAAGUAAGUCCUAUUUCUCAAGCUGUUGAAUGGCCUAGUUGGUUAUAUUGGAGACAGUAGAGUGUGCACAUUGAGCAGGUCUAUGUCUAUGUAUGAAAAUCAAAUCUUCUGUCAUAACACUGUGUAAAGAGAUUUACCGGUACUUAUCACCUAGCUCAAUGGGGGGAUUAAAAUAUCACAGCUUCAUUGCUUAAAUGUUGUAAUUUGAUUUUCAGUUCACUAACAGACAAGACAAAGAGGGAGUGAGAGAAAAUAGGACUACAGACAUUUUUGUUUACAAACAUUUCAAGAACUGUAAAGACAUAUUCGAGAUAGAUAUGAAAACUGAUAAUUGAUCAACAUCAUCAAAAAGUCUGGUUGUGCCCAAAAACCAAUGUCUUUGGUAUAAGCUCAUCGGUGAACUAAAGCACUUUCUGUUUUGCUGAAACACUGCAAAAGCUGCACAACCUAGGAAUUUGCAGCAAAUACAGGAAUUUCAGACUUGUAUACUUUAAUUGUUUUGCAAAUGUUUAUGCAACAUCUGUAUAAUUCAUACAAAAUUAUUUUCAGCUACUCAUGUCCUUAAAGGGACACUAUAGUCACCAGAAUAACUACAUCUUAAUGUAGUUGUUUUGAUGAUUAUAGUCAGUCCCUGCAGGUUUUUUGUGGUGAACACUGUCUUUUCAGAGAAAAGGUGGUGUUUACAUUACAGCCUAGGAACACAACUAGGGGCCACUCUUCACACUGCCUCUAGAGGUCCUUCUUGGGUCAGUGCCGCACAUUGUGCAACCCUCCCCACAGAGAUGAAUUGCUUUAAUGCAUCUUUAUGAGGAGAUGCUUAUUGACCAGCUGGUGUCAAGAAUAAGAAUUGACAAUCACAGCCAACCAAGCGAUUUCUAAUGAUGUCAGCUAAGGAGGUUGGACGAUGGUGGAGCUAGCACAAGCGCAGCUACGUGGCGCUGGUAAUAAGGUGAGGUUUCAAGUUAUUUAAGGGAGGCUAGCAUAUUUUUUUUUUUUUUUAACACUUUAGGGCCACGAAUAUACGUUGGUGUUCCUGACCCUAUAGUGCUCCUUUAAAUUAGAUUAGUAGCAAUACAGCAAGAAGUGGAAUGUUAAUAUAGGUGAAAAACCAAAAAACCUAUACACAUAAUAUAAAACUUUAGAAUCGGGUGUACUAGAGCUGCGUUUCAGUUAUAGAAUAGUGGGAUGAGGCAGUAAUGUCAGUUUAGUUGGAAUUGGAGGGUUUAGAUAAGGUUAUGCAAAUAGCCAUGUUUUCUGGAGUACACGUGAAUAGCUAUGAGAGGUGGCUGAUUGAAUGUAUACUGGAUUUUCCCCCACUGGCAUGGAUUGGAUGUGAGGAGGGGUUUUUGCCCAUUGAUAGUGGCUGAUGGUGAGAGUGACAGAAGUAGGAAUGAUUAUAGAUGAGUGAGAAUUUUUAUAGAGAUGAAGGAACAGAGAGAAUCGGCAACAGCAUAAAGAGUGAUGAGUAGUAAGGAUGGAGGGAUUUGUAUACUGCAACAAGGAAAACUAUGCCAGUGUUUUGUUUUGGUUUUUUUGGGGGGAGGGGUUAUAUUUUUUUGUUUUGUUUUUUCUUUCUUUUUUUUAAACAUGCAGUCAUAAACUGAAUGGGAUAUUGUGGACAUUAUAGGUUAAGAUGUGAAUAGUCCGUUGUGAUGUUUGUUGCAUGAACCUGUCGGUGGGACUUGGCAUAAAAAUGAAGUUUAUCUACUCUGGUCUAUAGCUUUCUAAUGAGUCUUUGUGUACCUGCAGUACCUGCGCUUGAUACAGAUGCUGGAACGUAUUCGGAGUCAGACCUACAGCAACACAGAAGAGGAAUAUGUGCUGUCGUUUUGUAAGAUGCUUGAAGUCCAGUCAAAAAAGCAGGUGGUUAAUCCUCUGCAGUAUGAUGAGAGUGGUGUGGCAUUCAGCACAGGGGAAGGUAAUCAUGACAUCUUUCUGUGCUACCUACUUAGAUGAGCGAUGAUCAGCAGGGGCACAUAAUGUCUGCUGUACUGUUUCACUAAUGUAUGACUUUUAAAUUAUAGGCUUUUGACAGUCAUAUGUUUACAGCCCAGCAACUAGCAGCUGGCAGGUCUUAUCAAGCUAUUACGAAAUACCUAUAGGAGUCAUAUCACCACAUCAUAGCUUUUAAUAAUAUUUCUUAGCUUUGUAUAUAAACAACACAACAGUAAUUCCAUAAAAAGAACUGUUGCAGGCUAUUUUAUUUUAUUUCUUUUUUUUUCUUAUUGUUGUUUUCUCAUAAUAUUUUUUGGUAUUCUCUUUAUUUUUUUUAGCUUUUGUUUAGGUAAGUUGGUACUUUGGGAUCCUUUACAUGUCACACUUACAGGUUUGUAUGUUUACAUGCAAAUGGUCUCAAAACAAAACCUCAAAUGAAAAUGAAGAGAAUAUGAGGGCAAUUACAUAUGUUAGAAGCAUAUUAAAAAGUACCUGAUGUUUGGCUGUUAGCCAACUCAAAGGCAUAUUCACAGCAAUGUGCAUUGGAUGACUUAGCUGGACCCAAUGUACACUUAUGCUAUGUUCUCAUAACUGUUUUGAUGACCUGCAGGUAGAAGAAAAACGACACAUGCCACAGUUGUGCUUCGUGACUCUGGAAAAGGACGUAUAACCAUUAAUGGCAUUGAUUACUUGGAGUAUUUCAGUGUGCUCCAAGACAGGUAAAAGUCUAACCCGAAUACCCCAUGUGCAAGAGUUUCUCCAGUAUCAGUGUCCAGUGUCAGAAAGGAGCUUCUCCAAAUACUUUCAUAUGAAUGCAUACCAUGUAGGAAAUCUCAUAGUUGACUUCUGCUGCAGAAAAAAAUAUUUUAAAAAGUCCUAAAAGAAUAUUUUUGUAUCGCUUUUCUACUGCAUCCUAUUAUUUGUAUUUUGGGGACAGAAAGCUGGAAAUCAUUCAACCAUCCUACUAUAUACUACACAUACAAAAAUGUAAAAAUGUGUAUCUUUCUUUAUAUUGUAAAUGUUGUUAGAUAUAUUUGGAACAAUUUCUAUAGUGUUCCACCUGUUCUGGUUUUAUUAAUAGUAAAAAAAAAAAAACCUUGAUAUUUUCAGAGGUUAUAUCGUCCACAUAAAGCACAUUGACUUAUUUUCUUUGUUAGAAUUUUUUGAUAUAUAUAUAUAUAUUUUAUUUUUAUUUUAUUUAUUUUUUUGUUUUAGAAAAUUAUUCAGAUGUGUAUAAAUCUGGACAUUAUGUACUGGUUUCUGUCCAGAGCCACUGUUUAGAUUAAAGUAGCAGUGCAGUCUCUGGUACAUUUUAUGCUUGGCAAGAGUUUAAACAUACUCCUAUUGAAGAAAUGUAAUUUCAUUCCAAAAGGUUGUAAAGUAUGGAUCAUUAUUUACACAGUAACACACAAGCAUGGGCGUCGGCAAGAUUAUUUUCCCAGGGGGAGGCAAAAUGUGCUCCCCUUUUUUCCCCUCUUCCAUCUCCAUUCCUCCUCCCUAUUGUCUACCUUUGUUGGCUCAAGAGAGCGGUUUCCUGGUUGGAUGUAAUUUUUUGUUAAUCAUUAAUAGGAAAAAUGUAUAUGAUUGUGAUGGCCGUAGCUGAAAGACAGGUAUGUACCUGUGUAACACAAGAACUUUAGAUUAUAAUAACUGGAAUGGUAAAGAUUAGCCACAACUAUCACAAUUUACAAUUUCCAUGGUGUCCAGACUGUAAUGGCUGGCUGUUUAUCAUGGGAGCUGCAGUCAACCACAAAAAAGUUAGUUUGUAAUGCAGUGGCCACAAGCCCAGUCUAGAACUACAAUUCAAUUGAAGUACAAUUGAAGUUCAGAUGCAUUCAACAACAAUGUUUUUACUGCAGACAUAGUCCCCCAUAGUGUUCCCACGCCUCACACAGCCCCAUCAACCGUAAGCUAUUAGUCCUAUAAUGAUCAACUAUCAAUGUUGCUUGCUCACCAUCAUGGGAUUUGCAUUCAAUACGUUUAAAGGACCACUCUAGGCACCCAGACCACUUCAGCUUAAUGAAGUGGUCUGGGUGCCAGGUCCUUCUAGGGUUAACCCAUUUUUCAUAAUUAUAGCAGUUUCAGAGAAACUGCUAUAAUUAUGAAUGGGUUAAGCCUUCCCCCUAAUCCUCUAGUGGCUGUCUCAUUGACAGCCACUAGAGGCGCUUGCGUGCUUCUCACUGUGAAAAUCACAGUGAGAGCACGCCAGCGUCCAUAGGAAAACAUUGUAAAUGCUUUCCUAUGAGACCGGCUGAAUGCGCGCGCAGCUCUUGCCGCGCGUGCGCAUUCAGCCGGCGGGGCGGAAUGGAGGAGGAUCGGAGGAGGAGAGCUCCCCGCCCAGCGCUGGAAAAAGGUAAGUUUUCCCCUUUCCAGAGCCGGGCGGGAGGGGGUCCCUGAGGGUGGGGGCACCCUCAGGGCACUAUAGUGCCAGGAAAACGAGUAUGUUUUCCUGGCACUAUAGUGGUCCUUUAAUGUUGUGUAGUAUAGUACUAUAUAGCUGUGUGAUACACCCCAAACAUUCUGAGAGGUAUUAAAAAAAGAGGGGAGUUAGACGGUAGUAGAAAGGGACAAAAAAAGCUUGGAUCCAAAAUAGGAACAUUAAGAACCAUUUGGCCCAUCUAGUCUGCCCAAUUUUCUAAAUACUUUCAUUAGUCCCUGGCCUUCUCUUAAGUCUAUGAUAGCCUUAUGCCUAUCCCACACAUGCUUAAACUCCUUCACUGUGUUAACCUCUACCCCUUCAGCUGGAAGGCUACUCCAUGUGUCCACUACCCUCUCCGUAAAGGAACACUAUAGUCACCUAAAUUACUUUAGCUAAAUAAAGCAGUUUUAGUGUAUAGAUCAUUCCCCUGCAAUUUCACUGUUCCAUUCACUGUCAUUUAGGCGUUAAAUCACUUUGUUUCUGUUUAUGCAGCCCUAGCCACACCUCCCCUGGCUAUGAUUGACAGAGCCUGCAUGAAAAAAAAAUGGUUUCACUUUUAAACAGAUGUAAUUUACCUUAAUUAAUUGUAUCUCAAUCUCUAAAUUGAACUUUAAUCACAUACAGGAGGCUCUUGCAGGCUCUAGCAAGCUAUUAACAUAGCAGGGGAUAAGAAAAUCUUAAUUAAACAGAACUUGCAAUAAAGAAAGCCUAAAUAGGGCUCUCUUUACAGGAAGUGUUUAUGGAAGGCUGUGCAAGUCACAUGCAGGGAGGUGUGACUAGGGUUCAUAAACAAAGGGAUUUAACUCCUAAAUGGUGCUGGUAUUGUAUUUCUCAUGAUGUUCAGCCAAUCAAAUGGAUGCCUGAGAAUCAUGAGAUGUGCAUUCUGCAACAGCUGCAAUGCCAAUCCAUAAUGAUAUAAUAACAAACCUUAUUUGAUAACCCCGAUAUUAUUACCGGGUAUUAUUAUUAUUAUUAUUAUUAUUAUUUAUAUAGCGCCAACUUUUUCCGCAGCGCGUUACAAUUUUAUGAAAGGGGUAAAUUAAUCCCUAGAUUAAAGGAACACUAUAGUGCCUGGAAAACAUACUCAUUUUCCUGGCACUAUAGUGCCCUGAGGGUGCCCCCACCCUCAGGGUCCCCCUCCCGCCGGGCUCUGGAAAGGGGUUAAAACUUACCUUUUUCCAGCGCCGGGCAGGGAGCUCUCCUCCUCCGAUCCUCCUUCUCUCCUCCCCGUCGGCUGAAUGCGCACGCGCGGCAAGAGCUGCGCACGCAUUCAGCCGGUCACAUAGGAAAGCAUUCAUAAUGCUUUCCUAUGGACGCUGGCGUGCUCUCACUGUGAAAAUCACAGUGAGAAGCACACAAGCGCCUCUAGUGGCUGUCAAUGAGACAGCCGCUAGAGGAAAUAGGGAAGGCUUAACCCAUUCAUAAACAUGGCAGUUUCUCUGAAACUGCUAUGUUUAUGAAAAAUGGGUUAACCCUAGCUGGACCUGGCACCCAGACCACUUCAUUAAGCUGAAGUGGUCUGGGUGCCUAGAGUGGUCCUUUAGUUGAAAGUAACAUAUUUUAAAAGAGCAGAGUAACCAUCAAUGUCCUAAAAUGAUCAUUUAAAUGAAGUGGUUAGCAGAUUGGCAUCAUUGUCAUACCCAAGUCUGGGUUAAUUUGCCAUUUAGCACGUAAAUGGGCUUAGUGUAAUUAAUAAACAAAACUUUGAUUUAUGGUUUUGGUGGGGGUUGUUUUUGUAUGCUUUUUUUUUUUCUUCUUUCUACUUCCACAGUGGUUUCAUUAAAAUACUAACCCCAUUCCGCCACUUUAGACCAUUUAAACAGGACAGUUUGUGUACUGAUUUAGUAUGUGUUCUUUGAACCACUAGCUUUUCAAACACAUUGAAGGUUUUUAAUCACCUAACCGUGAAUUGUGUAGAAUUGGAAACAGGAUUGCAGAAUUUAGGCUAAAGUAUCCACAUUGGCAAUUUUGUCUUAAAUGUAUAUUUUGGCUGUUUAAGUCUCUACAGUUCACUCACUGUUUAGUGAAUGCCUCCUUUGAUGACUAUGAGACGUUAACAUCCUCUGCAGCCUGAUUUUCAAACUUGUUGAAUAGGCCCAAUCAAAAAGAAUAGCUUUCAUCCCUCAAUUGUGUCCUAUAUAUCUUCUCUGUAUGUAUUCAGCUGGAACAGCGACUAGGGUAUGUCUUCUCUUUUUUGUCUCUGCAGCAUCCCCUACUGGGGGAAAGAGGACAUAGCUUUACCUUUAAAGAUCAUUCAGUUGUGUAUUAUGCCAUUCAUAAUACCUUGUAUAUUUUGGUUUGGGCUACUAGGUUUUUUCAUUUUAUUUUUUUACUAUAUUGUUGAAUAAAAUAACUAGUAAUCACAAUAUAUAUAUAUAUAUUAAUAGUGGUGAUGUAUAUGUGUCUUAAAUUCUAUAUAGCUACUUUAAUUUGAGGCACAGGUUGUUUUUUUUAUUUAUUUUUUAUUUUCUCCAACUUUUUUGGCAUUCUGGAGAAAGGAGACCAAGUUGUAGAGCAGCAUACACAGGUAUCUACCUCUUUGUACCAUGACCUGAAACUAACUGCAUAGUAUCCUAGUAUCAAGAUGCAGCAGGUAAUAUUUGCUUGAUCAAUUCAUCACUGCCAAGAUUCUCAGUGACAUAUAUAUAUUUGUAGCCGGGGAUAAUAAGCCAAGUAAUAGUAUUGUUUGAAUAAGUAGGAUGUGGUACAAGUCGGUUGAGGUGUGCCGGGACCGACGUUCGGGGUAGCCUGUACUAAAGAGGGCCCACCAAAUGAAUGGCUUGUAAAAGUAGAGUGGUGGGUGGGCUAAACCCGGCAUUAACAGUCCAGUGAGAAGGGUGGCCUGUGUUUUUAUAGCCGGGUAACCCCUCCCACAAUUACAGGCUAUGCCUUUUUAUUUGUAGUCGGGGACAAUGAGCUAAGUAAUAGUUUUGUUGGAAUAAGUAGGAUGUGGUACAAGUCGGUUGAGGUGUGCUGGGACCGACGUUCAGGGUAGGCCUGUAAAUAAAGAGUGCAAAAAGUUGAAUGGCUAAACGCAUUAAUACGUGUUGAUGAUACACAACCAAUACCUUAGGUGCCUUCCUCAAAUCUCUCUCUACUAAGAGAUGCUAUAGCGGAUUCUUAUGUUAUAGCGGAUUCUUAUGUUCCGGUGUUCGAUUAUGUGUACUGUGGUAUUACUAAGGAUGGAAGGUAGUUUCCUACUAUGAGAUUUGACUUACAAAAUGCUGACGAGUGGUGUACGAGUUGCGGAAAAAGUCUUGACGUAUGUAAUGCAAUUUAAGUUGUGAGUGUAUUUUGUGAGAUCGAAGACAGGCAUAUAGUCCUCUGAGUGUAGGAUAAUUGGUCUAGUAUCUAGACCUGAAACCAUGCUGAUUGGCAUGAGGUUAUCUCUGUAGGUGGUAUGAGAUACGUGUGUGGCAAAAAGGAAAUGAACACAACCAAGUUAUGAUAGAAUACGUGAUGACAAUAUGAUAGGCUGAAGUGCCCCAUGUUGGUAGUGGCCAGAGCUCUGUCAUUUGAACGGCAGAUAUUGGCAGAGAGUCAGGUGUGCCACCAAUGGAACAAGGCCAUAAUAUGACCCAAUGUGGUAUAAUUCUAAUUGUUUUAGGAGUCCUGUAGGUCGUUUGGUAGCGUAUGGUGUGCUUAGCAUCAUGUCAGCAAACGGGAAUGAGUCAAAUCAACAGCUGCCAUGAAAUAUAGCCUGUAUGAGUGUGUGGACAAGAUUGCGUUGCUGUGUAGCAAGCCAGUGAACUUCGAAAGUAACUGAGGAGGGAGAACCGACCCUUACAAACUUCACAACCUGAUGUGUCGCCUUGGUAGCAUUUGAGAGAUAUACACUCCAUAGAGACCCCUGGCAAACAGUGGCUAUGUGGGGUAUACUUACCAAGAGCCCAAAGAAUACUAAAGAGUGAGUGGAGCUACAAGUCACAGACCCAGUGACCUGAAACGGCAGUAGAUCUGUGUGGCAGCUGUAUCUGCAAUAUAUAGGGGGAAUCAACACCCUGUGAGAAUUGGAUGUGGCGUCCUGUACCUAUAAGUAAGACAAAAUAUGUUUUGACCGUCUGGACAGGUCUGUUAGAACAGGCGUGACGAGCAUGGCAGGGUUAAUGUAAGCGGAUGACCAGGGAGUUGGCGGAGUAGUCCGAUAAUGUAUUUGUGACCUCACAGUAUGGCGCGCAUGAAAAGGUUCACAGAACCAGGGAGGCUGAAGGUACCUAUGAUAACAGGCAUUCGCCAGAGACUGUCUUCAUGUUGCCUGAUACACAGGACCCUGCUUUUGGUUAGGCAGUACUUGUCUGAGUCCUGUUAACCGAAAUUAGACUACUGGAGGAGGCUACGGCAGCUAGGGAUACAGUUGCAAGAAAAAGUAUGUGAACCCUUUGGAAUAAUAUGGAUUUCUGCACAAAUUGGUCAUAAAAUGUGAUCUGAUCAUCAUCUAAGUCACAACAAUAGACAAUCACAGUCUGCUUAAACUAAUAACACACAAUGAAAUGUUGCCAUGUUUUUAUUGAACACACCAUGUAAACAUUCACAGUGCAGGUGGAAAAAGUAUGUGAACCCUUGGAUUUAAUAACUGGUUGAACCUCCUUUGGCAGCAAUAAUUUCAACCAAACGUUUCCUGUAGUUGCAGAUCAGACGUGCACAACGGUCAGGAGUAAUUCUUGACCAUUCCUCUUUACAGAACUGUUUCAGUUCAGCAAUAUUCUUGGGAUGUCUGGUGUGAAUCGCUUUCUUGAGGUCAUGCCACAGCAUCUCAAUCGGGUUGAGGUCAGGACUCUGACUGGGCCACUUCAGAAGGCGUAUUUUCUUCUGUUUAAGCCAUUCUGUUGUUGAUUUACUUCUAUGCUUUGGGUCAUUGUCCUGUUGCAACACCCAUCUUCUGUUGAGCUUCAGCUGGUAGACAGAUGGCCUUAAGUUCUUCUGCAAAAUGUCUUGAUAAACUUUAAUUUUUCCUUCGAUGAUAGCAACCGUCCAGGCCCUGACGCAGCAAAGCUGCCCCAAACCAUGAUGCCCCCACCACUGUACUUCACAGUUGGGAUGAGGUUUUGAUGUUGGUGUGCCUUUUUUUUCGCCACACAUAGUGUUGUGUGUUUCUUCUAAACAACUCAACUUUGGUUUCAUCUGUCCAUAGAAUAUUUUGCCAGUACUGCUGUGGAACAUCCAGGUGCUCUUGUGCAAACUGUAAACGUGCAGCAAUGUUUUGUUUGGACAGCAGUGGCUUCCUCUGUGGUAUCCUCCCAUGAAAUCCAUUCUUGUUUAGUGUUUUACCUGUUGUAGAUUCGCUAACAGGGAUGUUAGCAUUUGCCAGUGACUUUUGUAAGUCUUUAGCUGACACUCUAGGAUUCUUCUUCACCUCACUGAGCAGUCUGCGCUGUGCUCUUGCAGUCAUCUUUACAGGACGGCCACUCGUAGGGAGAGUAGCAGCAGUGCUGAACUUUCUCCAUUUAUAGACAAUUUGUCUUACCAUGGACUGAUGAACAGCAAGGCUUUUGGAGAUACUUUUAUAACCCUUUCCAGCUUUAUGCAAGUCAACAAUUCUUAAUCGUAGGUCUUCUGGGAGCUCUUUAGUGUGAGGCAUCAUUCACAUCAGGCAAUGCUUCUUGUGAAAAGCAAAUCCAGAACUGGUGUUUUGUUUUUUUUAUAGGGCAGGGCAGCUGUAACCAACACCUCCAAUCUCAUCUUAUUGAUUGGACUCCAGUUGGCUGACAUCUCACUCCAAUUACCUCUUGGAGAUGUCAUUAGACUAGGGGUUCACAUUCUUUUUCCACCUGCACUGUGAAUGUUUACAUGGUGUGUUCAAUAAAAACAUGGCAACAUUUCAUUCUUUGUGUGUUAUUAGUUUAAGCAGACUGUGAUUUUCUAUUGUUGUGACUUAGAUGAUGAUCAGAUCACAUUUUAUGACCAAUUUGUGCAGAAAUCCAUAUCAUUCCAAAGGGUUCACAUACUUUUUCUUGCAACUGUAUUUAGACCCCCCCAAGGAAGAAAGCAUGGCCAUGUGUACUGCGUGCUUUGGGGGAUAGUAAUUGGUACUUUGAACUAAGUAUAUGUUGACAAGUGAAAGAGGAGGUUGAAUAAUAGAGAUAGUUGUCAAAGUAACUUCUAAAAGUCAUGGCUGUAAAAAGGAUAGAGCCCAUGGUUUGGUGUAGCAGAGAAACAGGGAUCGGGUGGUGUAACCCAUAAGCAAUAUUGCACUACUAUUACGUAAUGUUAGGGCUGUAUGCCUAACCCUGGAACAUAAAGGUCUUGUAACAGAGGUCCAUAUGUCCCUACAGACGUUUAGAACGUAUGAGAUAGCGGAUUUAUAUAGACCAAAGUGAGAACAAAUUUGGGCAUUUGUGGAAGUAUGGUUUAUGGUUCAAUCUACUGGCUAGACUUUGGGAGAUUUGACUUCUUUAGUUUAACGUGAAUCAAAUAAAGGGGUGAACAGAUGUCUGAUUCCACAGUUUGCAAGCAAUAUGCUAUGCUGUCUGCAAAUUUCUGGGUUGGCAAACACCAACCCUGCUCAUGAGUUGUGACAGGGAAUGAUAUACCUUAUUUCUGGGCAUCAGCAAUUGGCUGGUCCAGGAUCGCAAGAGACUAGAUAAGCGGAAUCCUAUUUCUAUGUUGAGUGUAUGCCAGCGGUGGAGGGUUUGUUGCAGGAUUCAGGGGUGAAAACCCUGCUUGCACUUAGUUAAGAGAUGUAGUAUGAGGUACUAAAUAGCGUGUAAUUUAACAGCCGUGCUAUGAGCGUUUAACCCUACAUCCACUGGCGUCUUGCUUAGUGCCAAAUGGCAAAGAAAUUAGCUAACCAGGGAUAAGUGAGGCCCUACUAAAUGCCAAGUGGCUUUGAGAGGCUCUAGAUAUGAAUUUGGCCGAGGGACUGAGGCCACCGAACAGAGUGGCAGGAAUGUUUGCCUCUCGGUGACAAUUAAAAGCUUCAUUAUGAGUGGUCAUGACAGGUGAGGCCCUAACUAAUAGGAGUAGGUGAUGUGUAGAGUCCCACAAGGGAAAACCAACAUCAGGAGAGCUCCACUGUAUAAGAAAUGAGGAAGGGAGGCCCUACCUUUAAUCAAUCUAAGGAUAAAAAGGUAUAUGCAAACAAAGUAUAACUUGAAAAAAACGGUGCGGUGAGAUCUACUAAACGGUGCCCAGGGGAUCAAUUGUCUGGAGUACUAGCUAGCAUCUAAGUUCCAGUUCUCCUAGUGUCCGACUGACAGGAAGGUAGUGUAAUUGAGGUUAGGGAGAGAGAAGAGGCACAGGGUCCCCAGAGAACAAAGGACCGGGUAAUCAGGUCUAAACGCAGAUGAAAAGCCUCACACAAAAAAUAAAUAAAUCUCUCAAUUCACCCGAAAAGUUACCUCGACACCGUGGUCUAACCACUAGUGUCUACCUGAACCAACUCUCCCUACUAAAGUUAUACAUAAACACCUAAAAAUCAAUAACCAUAGUGGUAACAAAAAUAAAAAAGUGCUACCAAGUGCAGAGAUUAAAGAAAAAGAAAACGCUUGAGAAAGACCCGCUAUAUAUGUGUAUAUAUAUAUAUAUAUAUAUAUCUCUAUACACACACACGGAGGUAGGAGUGCAAAGGCUAAUAUAUAUAGCAGUGUAUAUGUAUGUGAUGAACCCGCUGGCACUCCGACCGAGUACCUCUGUCAAUCGAUGCUCCUAGUGCUUGUCGAAUACUCCAAGCACUCCAGCCAAGCCAAGGCUUCAAGAAAGGGUCAAGCAGGUCUGUUUAAUGAGCACACAAAAGCAACAGCACUCAUGCAGCAAAACAUGCAGCAUAUAUAUAUAUAUAUAUAUAUAUAUAUAUAUAUAUAUAUAUAUAUAUAUAUAUAUAUAUAUAUAUAUAUAUAUAUAUAUAUAUAUAUAUAUAUAAAUGUAUUAAGGCAAUUUGCCUGCAUUUGUGGGAGGUGCUGGUUUGCUACCCCUAGCCUAUUUAAGGCACUCCCCUUGCCUGGCUCCUUACCGUUCGAGGUCCGCGUUGAAUGAGGAUCCACUUCCGGGUUCUCUCAGACGCCAUCUUGGUUUAAGUAUCCAGGAGGUUUCACCACGUUAAGCUGUGUCCAGGAAUCCUGUUCAGGCCUUUACGCCCGUCCAGCUUCUUCUGACUCCGGUCUCCGUCGUAGAUCGCGUCCCAGGGACUCCUAAACCGUAAGUCAGACCUUCCUGUCACGCCAGGACCGGUUCCCACGGCGUACGGUACAGCACGGGUCCUCGCUUUACGGCUUUUUCCCUGGUUAUGACACAAAUGUUUCAAGCCAUUCGCAGGCUUUUUCAUUCGUACGGUCAUUCGGCUGAACAUAUUUAAUCGUUCAGUAGUCAUUUCGCAUAUCCUAUUUCAUGUUAUUGAAACGAAUUAUCAUUCGGUUGUUUUGCCGUUCGGCAAAUUUUACAUAAGCUCAUACACGCUUUUGGUUCGCAUAAGUCAUACGGUUAAACUAGUCUAACUUCUGUGUUUCCCUCACAUUUGCUUUCGGCUUUUCUGUGUGUUCAUGUAUAAUCCUUUCAUGAAUUAUAUUCACCAUUUCAUGUGUAUAUAACGUUCGGUUAAAGAAUUGCUUGCUUAAAUAGAUUAUUUUGAUUACUUUUAAAUAUUGUCAGUAUUGUAUUACGUCCACAAAUCAAGUCCACUUCUCUGUGUAUACCAUUUGACUCCCACGCUUUCAGGGGUCUGCAUUACUUAUCCAUUUAUACAAAUGGACUCAGCCUAUGUUACAAGCCUCACUUCUGGGUUAUUAAUACAACACAUACAAAGGAUAUAGGUUCAUUUAAGCAAUAAUUCUCGGGUUGAUACGUCUUUUCUAUACAGAUAUAUCAUAUAGAUAUACAUCACUUUACAUCAUUUUAAAUCAUUUUGGGGUAUCCCUGCCUUUGGUUAUUCUGCUACAUAUCAUACAUAACGCUGUGUUAAUUAGGCCAUGACCUCAUCCAUGUCCCUUUCUAUAAACCAGUUACAUUUCUGUACAGAUCAUUGAACUCCCACGCCAGGAGUUUUAUAAGUAUCCAUUUCAUUUCAAUUCACUCAGCCUAUAUUACAGGCCUCAUUUCUCUGUCAUGACGAUGACACAUAAGGCUUAAAUCCUUUUGCAUGCAUACUCGGGUUGAAUCACACGUACUGAUCCAACCAAUCAUACGUCCCCUGCACAGUCAUAUACAUAUGUAUAUAACCUACGUUUCAUGUUUUCCUUUACACACCAUUAUCACGUAACACAUAGAUUGUUUGUACAUAGGCCACGGCCUCCCUCAGAUGUCUUAUUCAAGCAUGCAAACAUUUCUGAGCCACUCAUAGCUAUUCCCAUGGUAUCAACAUAAUUUUUAUACAUUGCUGCUACAGACUAUAAGUCUGUUUCUUUUCACACUCCACACUCAUCAUACUACUCUUUUACCCAUUUUUAGGCUGUCAACCUUAUAUAAUUGCUCCACACGGUUUAUUCCUGUGAUUUGUCAUACUACCAGGUACGUACACCUGCUCAUAUGGUAUUCUACCAUACAUUUAAUUUCAUCCCCCUAGUUUAGAGUACUGGCAAUAGGGUCACAGGAUUCCCAAUAGGUAUUUACCCCGUCUUGGCUGUCGCCAUCAGUUAGUGGUCCCGCGAGGCCAACACCCCGCCUCAAACGUUUCGGAGGCAAACACCCAUCGGGCCACACGUUAGCUAGCCGCCUCGCAUGUUGCAAAGAGAGGGCCUCACCUGUCACUCCCUUCCCCUGUUUUCUGUCGUACAGUCACCGAGAAGCCUAAAACUCCUGCCACUACGUCAAGUGGCCUCAAUAACCCCUCGCGCCAACGCAUAGAUAGAGCCUCUCAAGCCGCUUGGCAAUUAGCAGGUCCUCAUCUGUCACCAAACAAGUAUAAUACUUUCGCCAUCCGGCCUAGCUAGCCUGCCAGUACAAUUUGGUGGUUCUAUAUACUAAUUAUUGUUUUAUUUAUAGUAUGUCUCAGGAAGGGGUAGAGGAUUUCUCCCUGCCUAGCACCCCGGCUAGAGCUGUCACUCCCACACAAGGAGGAGAGCUAGCUAGUCCAGCAUCAAUUAGAUCCUGGACAAUCCCGCGCAUAACCACGGAAUUAAGGAGACGACAAAUCCCCUACCCCGCUACAGCAAGGAAGGCAGAACUUUUCAAACUGCUACGCACAUCAACUAAUAACAUGGAAGCCGGGGAAGGAUCUAGCCAGUCCAACCCAGGGGACAUACAUGCCAUGUUAUCCUCACUCAUGGCAUCCAUGGGCAAGGUCAACUCCAGGCUGGAGAAACUUGAGUCGGUCACCACGGCCCUCACUCUAGCAGGGCCACCCGCGGCUGCGGUACAAACACCAGCCUUGCCAUUAGUCGCUCCAGCCAGCACCCUGGAUGACCAGGAAGUUAGCCCGGCCCACAUGAUACCUGAGCAUAUCAAAAGGGAUAUCCUGGAAGGUAAAGACGUCAACCUGGCUUCCCUGUUGAUUGCCUCCCAGGACAUUGUGGAACAUAAGACGUAUGCUUAUGAUGAUGUUUCUGUUAUUGUCAGAUCUAGGGAUGCCCGCCUGAACAGGAAACUGACUAUCCCUGAAUUUGUACUAGCGUUUGGUAUUUACAGGGAUGUCAUCUGUGCGGUUUAUCCCAACAGAAGAGAGGAGUUUGAUCUCUAUAUGCACAAGCUGGUAGACCUGGGCAACAAAUAUGGUGGUUCAGCAUUCUAUGACUACCAUAGGUCUUUUUCUGCAAAAGUGGCUGGAGCCUUCUCCCAGUACGGUACACGAUCCAACUGGGGAAGGAUUGAUACCGUCUUAUUUUGCAGACACUUUGCAGGUCUAAGAACACCAGCUUGUGCAUACUGCUCCUCCACAGCCCAUACCACUAAUUUUUGUCCCAACACGGCAGACGGACAUGCCUCCACACAAGGAACUAGUUCCUCUGGGGAUCCAGGGAAACUAUCCAAAGACAAAUUGGGACGCCCAAUCAAGUUUCUGGGCAAGUCCCAGAUAUGUAAUAAUUUCAAUGUUGGGUCUUGUAAUUACAGUGGAUGUAGACUAUUGCAUGUCUGUUCAAAAUGUUUUAGGGCACAUGCAAAGACCAUGUGUCCAAAUAAAAUGUAUUCCAAGCCUUACCUUACGUCCAUUAAUAUGCCAGUAUUCACAGCAUUGAUGUCUCAGCACCCAUCUAGACACCUGGUAGAUUUUCUUAUUUCUGGUUUAACAGAAGGCUUCCACACAGGUAUCCUACACAUACCAGCUGGAACUCUGGAAUGCCCUAACCUACAAUCCGCCCAACACAACCCCACAGUGGUUGACACCCUCAUAGACCAAGAAGUGGAUGAGGGCUUUGUAUUGGGGCCUUUUAGAACUCCUCCAUUCACAGAAUGGCGCACCAACCCUAUUGGUAUUGUCACAGGGAAAUCUUCCCAAAAACAGAGACUCAUCAUUGACUUAUCGGCUCCCCACUCAUCGGCCAACCCCAGUCUUAAUUCCCUCAUACCCUCUGAGGAAUUCUCUCUGCAAUACACCACCAUAGAUCACGCCAUUACAGCUAUCAUACAAGCAGGGGUUGGAGCCUGGCUCAGUAAGACCGACAUUACUAACGCCUUCAAAUUACUCCCUAUCCACCCCACACUGUGGCACCUGCAUGGCAUCAAGUGGUCCGGGAACUACUAUUUUUUCUCCCGGUUAACUUUUGGGUCCAAAAGUAGCCCAGCUAUUUUCGACACAUUUGCCGAAGCAUUAUGCUGGUUACUAUUGAACAUAGCCGGAUGCCCUACGGUAUUACAUUACUUGGACAAUUUCCUACUGGUCGAGGAGAAUACUGCACCUCCCACUAGCCUCAAAGCUACCACUAAGCUGUUUGAGCAACUAGGUGUACCCAUCUCCCCAAAGAAAACAGAAGGGCCAGACACGGUUAUCACUUUUCUGGGUAUCCAAUUAGACUCUGCCACAAUGCAAGCAAGCCUACCAUACGAUAAGAUAGAGAAUAUUCUCACUUACAUAAACAACUACCUACAGCUCGGCACUUGCAACCACAAAGAGCUACAGUCCCUGCUAGGGUCACUAAAUCUUUUCACACUUUUUCUACAUGACACGCACAGGUUGUCCUUAGAUGCCCAAGCUACGGCAGAUCUAAACAUGUGGAAGAGAUUUUUAACCACUUGGAAUGGUAAAAGUAUGUUCCUCCCUCAAUUGACUGAAUCAUCUCCUACCAUUUGGUCAGAUGCGGCAUCUACCACUGUUUUUGCAGCAAUUUUUGGGAACGAAUGGCUUUGGGGCAGCUGGCCUUCAGCAGUUCUGGAUUUGGAAGGUUUUUCCACUACCUCAGCUCUUUUUGAGAUCUACCCCAUAGUGGCGGCUGCCGUAGCGUGGGGUCAUUUAUGGGCUAAUACGCCAGUGCGUUGUUACUCAGACAACCAGGCAACCUGUCACAUCAUCAACAAAGGUCGUUCCAAAUCUCUUACGAUCAUGAGAUUUCUGAGGAAACUCACUUGGUUGGCAGCUUGUCAUAAUUUCUUCCUAUGUUGUUUCCAUGUGCCAGGUGUAUAUAACACAGCUGCUGACAAUUUGUCUCGCUUUAACUUUCAGGAGUUUCAUCAAGCACUCCCGUCAGCAGCACCCACAGCCACCAUCACUCCAACAUUUCAACAACUCAUACUGGACUAGACGUCAUCAUGCAGCAUAGCAGGACAUUGUCCCAGUUGGCACUUUCACACAAUACAAACAAAGCAUACAGCAGGGCUUUCACACUAUUCAAACGAUUCCUUCUGGAACAUAACAUCAUACAACCGUUUGAUAUAACAUCUAUUUUGGGGUUUGCUUCCUUUUGCCACCUUAAACUCAAAAUGUCAUACAACACCAUCAAACUCUAUCUCACUGGCAUUCAACACCACAUGCUCAUCUUACACCCAAAUAACAGUUUCAUGGCCUCUCACCAAAUUAAGACCAUACUCAGAGGUAUUCAAAAAUCAGAACCCACACAUUUGGCCCAGAGGCUACCCAUAGAUAACCAUAUCUUCAAAGCAUUAUCUAACCUACUCGACCUAAAACCGUUUGACACUAAUACGAAUUCUAUCAUCAAAACAGCAAUAUACAUCGCUUUCUAUGGAUUUCUACGACCCAGAGAAUUCACUACGACCUCCACGACCCAAACCACUCCAUUCCUCCUCUAUUCCCACUUGACAAAACAUAUGGAUCAUUACAUCCUGUCUUUACCUCACUCCAAAACCAGCCAGCACAUACCUGUAAACAUUCCGUACUAUCCCAUGCACAACAGAUGGUGUCCCGUCAAGGUUCUUGAUGCCUACAUACAGCACCAUCACUUACUGCCCUCGCAACCGUUAUUACAACUACAAGGUGCAGUACUCACCACUACAACCUUCAUGACCUACGUCAGGUCCUUGCUCACACAACUGGGCCUCAACGCAAACAAUUACUCAGGACACUCCUUUCGUAUAGGAGCCGCGUCCACAGCCUCCAGUGUCAACAUCCCAACUCAUGUUAUCAAAACACUGGGGCGCUGGAAGUCAUCCGCUUACUCACGGUACAUACCGAACCCAGUACAAGAAUUAAGGGAUGCUUUCAUAAACAUGUCUGGUUGAUAAAUGUAUAUGUAUUGGUUGUCUGUUAAUAAAUUUGAUUACUUAAUUUUUGCCCUCUUCUUUCUCAGGCCUACCUCAUCGUCGGUUUCGGCACACCACAACCGACUUGCUCCUUUUAUCAUCCUACGCUUAUUCAUGGUAUUUCACACUGUACUAUCUUAAGCACCUAACACAAAUAUAUAUAUAUAUAUAUAUAUAUAUAUAUACACACACACUAUAUAUAUAUAUAUAUAUAUAUAUAUACACACACACACUAUAUAUAUAUAUCCUCUUCAUCCUAUUCCUGUAAGUUUUUGUAAUUGUCUCAUUUAUUGUUAAAUCUCCCCCUCCUAUAAUAUUGUAAAGUUCUACAUAAUUUGUUGGCCCUAUAUAAAUGGCAAUAAUAAUACACACACUACAUACCUCUGUACCCACACACACUAUAUCACUUGUAUAUGGGUGUGUCUUAUUUUCUGAAACAUACGGUAAUCUUUUGUUUGUGGUUUUAAAAACAACUAAUUUAGGGAAAAAAAGAAUGGGGAUUUAGUAACAGCAUGUGAUGAUUACAUUACUGCCAAGUAUGACAAAGGUACAAUAUUCCUUUAAUAAAUAGAAAGUGCAAAGUGCUCAUAGAGUGCUAAAAAUAAAAUAUGGGUUAUUUUAUUUUUAGCACUCUAUGAGCACUUUGCACUUACGAUGAUUUAGUAUCUUUAUUUUGUUUUCUUUUUUACCUGUGGCAACAGACAUUUAGGUUGAGCUACCAGACUAGAACACCCACGGAGGUGUUAUAAAGGAGACAUAGGGUUAGCUUAGAGAGAUAGCUGCCUUCAUGAUUUCUUUUGGUUUUUUGUGGGGGGGGGGGGGUUCUACAAGCUGGUUCAAGUAUUGUUGUAUGUAUCCCUUUAUAUAUUUGGGGUAUUAUACAUUAUUAUUAUUACCCUUUUGGGAUACCACAUACUCUGUGCACAGCAAGACCUCCUAUUGCUCUAUCGUUGUUAUUACUCUGUGUUUCCCACUAAUCUGGUGACGUGUGUAUUGUUUAGUAUACCGUCUCUAGGUAUGGACAUAAUUAUCUGUUAGCAUCUUUACUUUAUUAGGCUAAUUAUUAGUCUUUAGUAUACUAUACUCCUCUCCAUAUGAGAUCCUUGAUACCUUUAUCUAACCACCUUUCUGUUCCCAGGCUUUUAAUAGACUAUAAUAACGUUUUUUGUUAUUUUCAGACUUACUGCUGAGAUUGGACUGGGUCCUUCUCCUAUUGGCUAUCUUCUAGUAAGGUAGCUUUUGGGAAUUAUUUUCUAUACAAUAUUCCUUUACUCUUGAAUCCCAUCACCACGGAAAACCAAAGCUCUCUCGGAAUUGUUCCCAGUCAAUUUACGGUUUCCUGUGAGAGCCACCUGGUUCAUACUGAAUGAUAUACCUCAUCUGCUGACAAAUGUGUUCUUUAGCAGUGUUAGUCAAAUAGAUUCUAUGCACUGCAUAUGCAUUAGGCAUCCUUCUAAUUAUCUUAAAGGGACACUAUAGUCCCCAAAACAAACUAAGCUUAAAGGACCACUAUAGUGCCAGGAAAACAUACUUGUUUUCUGGCUCUAUAAGGUCCAUGGGUCCCCCUUACCCUCAGGGCCCCUCUCCCCCGGCUCUUGUGUGAGGAAGGGGUUAAUCCCUUACCUUUUUUCCAGCGCCAGGCUCCCUCAGCGCUGGGGACUCUCCUCCUCCUUUCCCUUCAUCGGGCUGCACGCGCAUUCAGCAAGUCUCAUAGGAAAGCAUUCUCAAUGCUUUCCUAUGGACGCUGGCGUCUUCUCACUGUGAAAAUUCCAGUGAGAAGCGCGGAAGCGCCUCUAGCGGCUGUCAAUGAGACAGCCACUAGAGGCUGGAUUAACCCUAAUGUAAACAUUGCAGUUUCUCUGAAACUGCUAUGUUUACAGCAGAAAGGGUUAAUCUUAGAUGGACCUGGCACCCAGACCACUUCAUUAAGCUGAAGUGGUCUGGGUGUCUAUAGUGGUCCUUUAAUUAAGUGGUUUUUGUGUAUAGAUAAUGCCUCUGGGGUUUCGCUGCUCAAUUCUCUGCCAUUUAGGAGUUAAAUCACUUUUGUUUCUGUUUGUGCAGACCCAGCAACACCUCCCUGCACGUGACCGACACAGCGUGCAUGAAAACAAAAUUGGUUUAACUUUCAAUCAGAUGUAACUUACUUUAAAAGUUUUUAUCUCCAGCACAGAGUAGGAGAUACAAAAUUAUAAAUUAAACAAAAUUUGCAAUAAAGGAAGUGUAAACAUUAGAUCUCUCUUUACAAGAAGUUUAGGAAGCAUGUGCAAGUCACAUGCAAGGAGGUGUAAGUAUGUCUGCAUAAACAAAGUGAUUUAACUCCUAAAUUGCAGAGAAUUGAGCAGUGAGAUUGCAGGGGCAUAUUCUAUACACCAAAAUAGUUCAUUAACCCCUUAAGGACCAAUGACAUGUGUGACAUGUCAUGAUUCCCUUUUAUUCCAGAAGUUUGGUCAUUAAGGGGUUAAGCUAAACUUGUUUUGGUGACUAUAGUGUUCCAUUAACGGAGUCAAAGUGUGCUGAUUUGUGUAGAUUGCACUGGUUGUGCUUCACUUGGUUAUGGCUGCUUAUAUAUUUAAAGGCAACUUGCCAACAGAAUGAAACUUCAUACAGAUUAAUAGUGCGUGAGAGACUAUUAAUGUUGUGUUACAUUUCAAAGGUUUGUUUUAACCCCUUCAGGACCGAUGACGGUUCAGGACCGUCAUCGGCAUUUUUGCCUUGCCGACCGAUGACAGUCCUGAACCGUCCUAACGGUCCAAUGUACUUACCUGAUCGCCGUCGUUGCUCCCGGUGUGGGGAGACUGCCUGCAGCCCAGACAGUCUCCCCACACUGGAUUGGGACCCCUGUGGCCAUGUGAUCGCCUAACACAGCGAUAACAUGGUCACAAUAGGUGUCCAUGUGUCUGCCUGCAGGGGGACUGUCUGUGCUGACAGGCAGUCUCCCUGCAUGUGUAAAAUAAAAAAAUAAAGUUAAUGUUAAUUAAAAAUAAAAAAAAUAUAUAUGUGUGUGUGUGUGUGUGUGUAUGUGUAUAUAUAUAUAUAUAUAUAUAUAUCUCAUAUAUAGACAUAUAUUAUAUCUAUAUAAUAUGUCUAUAUAUCAUAUAUAAUGUCAUACUAAGUGUAUUUUUAUAUUUUAAUAUGUACUUAUAUUAAUAUAAAAAUACACUUAGAAUUAAAUUACACACGUGUGUAUAUAUAUAUAUAUAACUAUAUAUUGUGUAUAUAUAUAUAUAUAUUCUAAAAUAAGUAAUUUAAAUUAAUUUUUUUAAAUAAUAAAAAUUGGAAAAAAAUUAUAUCUAAAUGAAAUUUUAUUCUAACUGUAUUUUAAAAUUAAUAUAUAUAUUUAUAUCAAAAUACACUUAGAAUGAAUUUGUAUAUAUGUAUAUAUAAAUAAAUAAAAAUACGAAAUAUACAUAUGUCCAUAUACAAAAUUAUAUAAAUAUACACGUAGACUUCAAAUAUAUAAAUAUGCAUAUAUAUUUAAAUUCUACGUGCGUAUUUAUGUAAUAUUGUUACAUAAUUAAGUAAUUUUAUUGAUUGCAAUUUGAGGGACCUGCCUGCCAACCCAGGCCAAAAGACCAGAAAAUUUAAUUUGCUAGCACUGUAUUUUACCCUGUAACGUUGUACGACACCCUAAAACCUGUACAUGGGGGGUACUGUUUUACUCGGGAGACUUCGCUGAACACAAAUAUUAGUGAUUCAAAGCAGUAAAACAUAUCACAGCGAUGAUAUUGUCAGUGAAAGUGACUUUCUUUGCAUUUUUCACACACAAACAGCACUUUUACUGAUGAUAUAAUUGUUGUGAUAUGUUUUCCAGUUUUUAAACACUAAUAUUUGUGUUCAGCGAUGUCUCCCGAGUAAAACAGUACCCCCCAUGUACAGGUUUUAUAGUAUUUUUGAAAGUUACAAGGUCAAAUAUUUUUACAUUGAAAAUGGCCAGGUUGGUUACGUUGCCUUUGAGAGCGUAUGGUAGCCCAGGAAUGAGAAUUACCCCCAUGAUGGCAUACCAUUUGCAAAAGAAGAAAACCCAAGGUAUUGCAAAUGGGGUAUGUCCAGUCUUUUUUAGUAACCACUUUGUCACAAACACUGGCCAAAAUUAGCGUUCAAUUUAGUUUUUUUUUACUUUUUUCACACACAAAUGUGAAUGCUUACUUUGGCCAGUGUUUUCAACUAAGUGACUACUAAAAAAGACUGGACAUACCCCAUAUUGAAUACCCUGUGUUGUCUACUUUAAAAAAAAUAUGUACAUGUGGGGUGUUAUUCAGAGAUUUAUGACAGAUAAUAGUGUUACAAUGUCACUAUUGAUAAAUUUUAAAAAUGUAUGUUUCGAAACCGCAACAUCCUACUUGUACCUAUAGCCCUAUAACAUGCAAAAAAAAGCACGUAAACACUGGGUAUUUUUUAACUCAGGACAAAAUUUUGAAUCUUUUUAGCAGUUUUUUUCAUUCGCUUUUGUAGAUGAGUAAAAGAUUUUUCAAGUAAAAGUCAAAAAACAUGUAUUUUUUUCAAUUUUUCAUCAUUUUUUUAAAUUUAUUUUUUAAAUUAAAAUACAUGAGAUUAUAUAAAUAAUGGUAUGUAAAGAAAGCUCAUUUUGUCCUGAAAAAAACAAUAUAUAAUUUGUAUGGGAACAGUAAAUGAGAGAGCGGAAAAUUACAGCCAAACACAAACACCACAAAAGUGUAAAAAUAUGCAAAUGUACAACAUCGCAAAAACAGUCCAGUCCUUAAAGGGUUAAAAAGAUUAUUUCUUACCUUCUUUGAGACUUGUUAUGCUAUGGUCCUUGAGUACACCUAUCUCCUAAUUUCAGAACCCCUUAUGAAACCUCACAUAAAAGAAUUAAAAAGCAGAAUGAGAAUGCAAGAGGGCUCAGGUUUAGAGAAAUCAUCAGUGCAAAUGUUUUUUAUAAAAUAUAUAAUUAUUUAUUUCUUUAAAAAAAUUAAUACAAAUUCUAUGUUGCAUAUUUUCAUUUUUCUUUUGUCUUUAAUCAAUUUAAGAAUAUGCUAUGCUAAUUAAUCUCAUUGGUAACGUGUUUCUUACUAUGUCAAUAUGCUAUCAUUCAACUCAUGCCAAUAUUAUCUACGGCAAUUGUGUGACACAGUCUAAGAUAUGAUGUAAGUGCCACAUGCAUAUUGUCUCGUAUUAGCUGUAAGUACAUCUACUACAGCCAGCAAGCCAAAUAAGCUCCCCAUCUUUAAAUAUUAAGUGUCUUCUUGUAGGAGGAAGCUAAUUGCCAAAUGUGGGAGAAGAUCUGCUGUGUGCGAGUGAUUCAUUUUUAUCUAUUUAAAUCUUUUCAUGGCAUGUAGGGUGGGUGGAUGACUGCAGUUUAAGUUAAUUUAAUGCCAACUAUGCCUACACUCUUUAUGUAAAGUCUGGAUCCAAACACAGAAGUGAUCAGAAAAAUGUGCUGCCCUAUAAAUAAUUGCUGUUCUAUUACAUUGUACCCUAUUUGGAGGAAUAUGUCUGAAGGAGUCAAGCACAGCAGUACUGUAUUUGUAAAAUAUGCCUUGUGUUGUAUUCACACUAUAAUCUGGCAGGAAAUGACUGCCCCUGAUGUAUAGGCAUCUGUGUUGUGACCUUUCUAUGUUUAUGGAAAAUUGUAAAAAUCUGGAGAACAGAACCUUGUAAUGUUUUCAGAGAUUGAGUUAAAUAGCUAAGCAAUGUUGGUAUGAAAAGGAAAAUAAAAUAAAAAAAAAUCUAACCAUACGGUGAACAAAGGGUCAGUACAGGAUAAUAGCAACUUUGUAACAAUAUUGUAUAACCUGCAAGGAACAAACUUUUAUACAGUUGCUGGCUGUAAGGAGAGGAAACUUAAAGUAAUGAGUAUGACUUAAAUUAAUCAUUUUGCUAGUGAAAAAUGUUAGCAAAUAUGAAGAUUAAAUGAUAUACUUCAUUAUUUCUGCUUCUUCGUUAAGUGCUCAGCACUCCGUAUCAACAAUUCAGAUGCAAAAUGUAAUGCAUGAUCAUUCACAUAGCUCACUGCACUGUGUGUGUCUUUAUAUAGCUUAAAAUAAAAUUCUAAAAUAUAAUAUAAAUGUGGUUUGUGCAGUGUAUAGAUGAAGUAUUAUGGUCAAUCAGCUGCCAGUAUGUCAUAUUUUUUUUUUUAUUUUUUUUUUGAUCAUAGAUGCACAUUAUAUAUAUAAUUUUAUAUUUUAUAUUUUUUGUUUGUUAAAGGAGUACUAUAGGGUCAGGAACACAAACAUGUAUUCCUGACCCUAUAGGGUUAAAACCACCUCAUGCCUCCCUAAAAUAGUAAAAUCUUACUUGUGUUCAAGCCUAAAGCUGCUGGCUUUGUCACUCUUUCCUUUUGACCUGCCCACUGCCUGCUGGCAUCAUCAGAAGUGGUGGUCUGAGCCAAUCACAAUGCUUCCCCAUUGGAUUGGCUGAGGCUGACAAAGAGGCAGAUCAGGGGCAGAGCCAGCACAAUUCAAACACAGCCCUGGCCAAUCAGCAUCUCCUCAUAGAGAUGAAUUGAAUCAAUAAAUCUCUAUGAGGAAACUUCAGUCGCUGCAUUCAGAGGGAGGAGAUACUGAAUGUUUGGAUGCAUUUUAGGCAGCCAUGACCCAGGAAGGAUCUCAAACAGCCAUCUAAGGAGUGGCCAGUGACGUUAUCACUAGGCAGUAAUGUAAACACUGCAUUUUCUCUGAAAAGACAGUGUUUACCGCAAAAAGCCUGAAGCUAAUGAUUCUACUCACCAAAAUAAAUUCAAUAAGCUGUAGUUUAUUAUGGUGACCAUAGUGUCCCUUUAAUGUAAAAGGCUAUGAUUGCUUUGGCCUGUGUAUUGCAUUGUUAGCAGACAGUAGUUCUUAUUCUCCAGAUGCAAGCUAAUUGUUAAUUUUGCAUGAUUUUUUUCAGAGAACAGUUGAUGUUCCCCUUUCAGUUCCUUGACCGGCUUGGAUUGUAUGACAUGGAAUGCACAGUAACCGGUGGAGGACGGUCAUCGCAGGCUGGAGCCAUUCGCCUGGCUUCAUCUAGAGCUUUGUUAAGUUUUCUUCCUGAGAAUCAAAUUGAGUCAAUGAGACAAGGUGAGAUCCCUAAGUUGUUAAUUAUCUUACUGCGGCAUCAGUAUCCGCAAGUUAGGUUAGUAAAAUCAAAGGGACGAUGCAUAUUUAAUUUGUGGGUUUAUUUUCACUCAUUCAGCUCUUUCAUAUUUUGAUUGGGGCAUUUUAAGCUUAAAUGUCUACAUGAUUAAGGUCUAUACAGCCGAAAAUUUGUUGUUUUUUUUUUUUUUUUUUUUUAAAUCUGCACACCAGGCCUUAUGUGGCUCUAAUAAUAGAUUUUUUUUCACUUGACACCCUUGUUGUGAUAUCCAGCUUUUACUUUUGGUGUUUGUGUUAAUGUGGGGAAGCGGCCCCACUGGAAGACUGCUUUGUGACUAACCCCUGAGUGCAAUUCAUUUUCACAAGACUAGCUGCAGGUCUGUCCGUUAAUUCCAUAUAUCUAUGUGAUCUGACCCAUCGGGCAAGCCACCAGACUAAUUUCCUUUGUCUGGUGAAUGGUCAAAAGUAUAUUUUUAGGAUCAAGCACUAAUGUGUAAUACUGCAUUUUUGUUUGGUUUAAUUUUGGGUCUGUAGCAUACCUUGCUGAGAGGAUCUAGUUAAAACAGUUUCAUACAUAUUUGUAAAAUAUUGACCAUACAAAAAAGGGGGAAAUAAGGUGAAGACAUGUAUCCUUUCAAUAACCCUAAUCUUUCAAUAAACACAAAAAGCACACGCAAAAAUCACCCACAAAUGGAAGACAUACACAAAUCCUAAAAUAGUUCAAUAGACUGUUAAAGAAAUAACCUUUAAGUUAAAAUGUCACUUCACAGAUAUAUCCAAAGAGGGCUUUUUCAAUGGAUCAGAAAAGGUCCUACAUAAAAAUGCUUGAUGUUCUAGAUUAGUAAAAUGCUGUGUUAGGGCGCCAGUGUUAAUUUAGAGCUUUAAGACGUAUUGACACAUCCUAACAUAUUGGUGUGAGCAGGGUUAAUUCCCUGCUCACACGUAAAGUCCCACAUAUCAAUCGAUACCUGGAGCUCCCCUUUGUCAACUGGGGUGAGUUUUAGCAUUCCCAGACUGAUAAAUGUGCUGUGUGCAGUGCUUGUAGUGACUGCUGCUACAGCCAUUUAAAUAUAGGCUGUUGCUGCAAUGUGUUGUGAGCAAACUUAAAUCCCUGCUCAGACCAGUGUAACCCAGAUAUCAUUCAAUAAGCUGCAUGCAGCGCUCAAUCCAUUGAGAACAUCGUAGUCAAGCAUUUCGUGCUCAGCUGCUGUGAAUCUGGGCUAGCUGGUGCUCAAGGGAGAAUCCCAGAUUCUGAACAAACCGUGACAGUCUCCAGCAUGUAGAAAGUUAGGAGAUAUUCAGCGCUUCACAAAUACUGAUGCAGUCCUCGAGGCAGCUUAAUCGCCAGAACGGGGGUCUCUUGUCCCAUGGAACAAGAGAUACUGCACCAUAUACCUCUCAUGUCUUCUACAUAUCUACCAGAGUCACCACCAUCAUAAGCACAUACCGCAAGAGAUAAUACUCCACAAUAUACGCAGGCGGGGAUUAUUCCGCCCAGGCGAUAGGAGCUGCAUCCUAGCUCCCAAAAAAAUGUGAGUGUACCUAUUUUUCAUUCUGUUAUAGUCUGGAGCUGCUCCAUACUUCACUACUAACUCCCCUUUUUUGUUUUUACUAUAUACUUUUUAAGGACAAAUAGAGCGCUGCACCAUCCUUUUUUUUUUUUUUUUUUUAUAGUCUCCACCAUGCCCCCAUGUCAAUCAUGAUCAUCAUAUUGGGGGGGAAUACUACAGGGUUAGAGUUAACUACCAAAAAUUUAUUUAUAUCAUAGACAUAUGAGGCUUUUAACAUCAGGACUGAUAUGUAAAUCUAUUUUAACUCUUAGUUGUGUUGGAUGUGUAAAAAUUAUUAUAAGCAAAAAAAUUGAAAAUGUGUUUUUUCCUACUUUUAACAUUUUAUUCACAAUUAAUGUUGUGCUAGGUAUACAUAUAGGAUAUUGAAAGUUCUUUCUGUUCUUUAAAAACUAUAUAUAAUAUGUAUUGGGGCACUUAAAGAGAAACCCUUAAAUUAUAUUUGUACAAAACAUAAAAUUAAACCGCAAAUUCUAGGUUUGGUUUCAGAACCUGGACAAUCACCGUACAUUUUUGAGCCUCUAUCUUAUUUACCCGGGAUUUAAUUUAAAUAUAAGAUAGAUAUUGUCUAUUUAUAUAAUAGCAGGCUUAUUUAAUUAACUUCAAUUAAGUUUAUAUAGGACCAUUUAUUUUCUGUUCAUUAUAAAAAUCCUUCUUUCAUAUUGCUAAUUAAAGGAACACUUUAGUCACCAGAACCACGCAGCUUAACUUCUGCAAUGUACAGCCUGUCCCUGCAGGCUUUUCAAUGAGAAAAGGCUGUGUUUACAUUCAGGACUUGUUUACACUCAGAUGACCACUAAACUUGCUUCUUAUGUCAGUGCUGUACAGAGUGCAACACCUACGUUCAGCGUCUGCUCUCACUGCAUGAAGACGCUGAACGCUCCCCAUAGAGAUACAUUGAUUUUAGCCAUGGAAACGGAGCCAGUCAUGAUGAGACUGAUGUGGCGAGGGAAAAAAGGUGAGUUAACUUUUCACUGCAAUCUGAGGGAGGCCAGAAACCUAAACAGUCACUACAGCACUAUAGUGUUAGGUGUACAUGUUUGUAUUCAUAACACUAUAGUGUUCCUUUAAUGAUUACAGGACUCUUAUGUUGGUCCUGGGUCUGUGGAUACAUAGUUGCAGUUUGUGACAAUUAGAAUACAUUCAUGAAGUGGUACAUUUUAACUUAUUAUAAUGAAGUAAUUUUUCACGUCUUUUGAACUCCUUCAAGGUUUGUAUGUGUCCUCAAACUGUGGGUGUUUUUCUUUUUCUUUUUUUUUGACUUUUGUUUUGUGUGCUUUUUGUGUUUAGUAAAAUAUUAUCACCUUUAUGGAUGAUGACGUGCUGUACAUGUCAUACCGUCACUGUAUUUGCUUGUUUGGUUGUUCUUACCAUCUUUAUUGCCUAUUUUCUACCUAUUAACUGCAACUGUGUCUGUUAAUUGCGAUACAGAUAUUUAAUUGCAGUGUAUUUUUAUGUUUUUCUUUCUCAAAAGGUGAACCCGGACCCAGGUGUUUUAGUUUGUUCAGUGUUAUCAAAGGUUUUCAUUUGAUAUUUAUUUUUUUAUGAAGACGUUCUCUGCUAAAGUAGUAAAAAUAAAAUUACUGUAUUAAAGGAACACUCUGGGCACCAAUACAACUUUAAUACAUUAGAUAGGUGUUGGCCUCAUGCUCAAAUAUUUAUAAUUUUUACAUUUAAAAAAAAAAAAAAAUGUUUUGCAGUAUGCUGUUCCAUAAGCUUUAGCCACGCCCUUCAGAAAAUGCAUUGAAAUUGUAUUGGUGUCCCUUUAAAAUAUUGUUUCGAGACGUAUGUGCAAGCUACGUACAUGAGAGGGAAACUUAAGUAGAUUUUCGGUGAAGCCAAAGCUGCUAAGUGUAAUAUAGUUGAUAUUCUGGUGUGGUGAUAUCCAUGAAAAGAAAACUCCUCUAGGAAUUAAAAAUCGGAGUGCUAUUUUAAUUUAAACUUUUAAUAAUUUGUCUUUCAGCUGGGCUGCUGACAUUAGAUCCUCGUAUUAAGGAACGGAAGAAGCCUGGACAAGAAGGAGCCCGCAGGAAGUUUACAUGGAAGAAGCGUUAA